CAGACCGCACAGGACGGAACGAGUUCUCCGUCGACGUCGUGUUUAGGAAGACGAUCGAACCGGUCCGCAGCUGACGAUGCCGGUUAUUGCGACGGGUUACCGCGAUCGCGCUUAUUACCGACUAUCGGUGCUUCCUCUGAUUCUGCUGGUGUUGGCGCUGCAAAUCUUGGCGCCACUAGUCGAUUGUCGGCAUAAACAUCACCACUGGAAGGCGAACGUCAUAAAAAACCAUUUAAAAAACCAUAAAAGCCUCGAGGGAAUGGUGCGGCUGGUGGAUGGCGGUUCCGAGUACGAAGGUACGGUCCUAAUAUAUUACGAGUACUAUAUAGUAUUAUUAAAUACAGGAUUACGGGACAAAAGCUGAGGGGGGCCAAAGGCGAGUAUUUUUAAUAAAAACGUAUGAGACGUUACGGAAUAUUUAAAGCAAUCAAUUAUACAGAUACGCUUCACUAAGUUCCACUCGUAUUUAUUAUAAGAAAGUCGAUUGUCAAUGGUAAAAACACGUUCACGAAAACCAGACAAACAUACCGAUUAGAAAAGAUUUCAGAGAUGCGAUACAGACGUCAGACCUACAAUAAUAAUGGCCGUAGAGCAGAAAAAGGUUUCCGAGCAGGUCGGUAACCAUUACGUGGGAAUGAGCCAUUUUUUAAAAAAAAAAUUUUAAAACAUUGAUUUUCAAAGAGCGGCAAUGGUUAAGAUAAAAAAACAUACUAUAGUCGAAGAAAAUGGCAAAUAUGUUUUACUAAGCCAUUUCAUUGAGAAUUGAUAAGUAUUAAAAACACAAUAAUGCGUUUUAAAUUUUGACACAUUUGUCAAAGAGUUAAAUAUUGCAUGUUAAGGAGCCGCACGUUCCCGACCUCUGCCGUAGAGGAAAGUAUCUCUCGUGAGUUUUCCAAAAAAUCAAUCGGCUCUGGGACACGUAUUUCAUUAAUCCGCGGCUCUUGUUUAGGGGGGGAAUUGUAUAUCGAAAAAUAGAUAUAAAUCUAUUGACGGUGGCGUCGAGUGUUAUGUUAUUUAUUAUAUUUAUUGGUAAUAGUAUACAGCCGGUGUUGCAAAAUAUUAAAAAUAAAGCGCAAACGAUUUGUAUGGUCACCGCUGCUGAACAUUGAUUAUGGGAACCCGCAAAAUACGGCCAGUCCGAAAGAAAUCUGAGAAACCGGACACUGGUCGCCUGUUGUAGAAAACUGUAAGGACAUUGACAACUUGAAGCAAAGCAAUAAGAAUAUGUUCAGAAUUUCAAACAAAUUGCCUGAGACGCGAUUAACCUAGUCUCUAACGCAAUUUUUUUUUUGUUCGUACGCGAUUCAACAAUUUCAAUUCAAUUUAUAUCUGCAUAUAACGGUAAAUAAUUAUUGUGAACAUAAACGGUCUUGAAGAAAGUUCGGUUAUCUGUCUUCUGAAACCCCGUAUUAUUCGUUAAAAUUCGAAUUCAAAAAAACUUAUAAAAAAAAAAAAAAAAUGUCUUAUGUUUCGAUUGACUUGCAAUUUUCAAAAAUUUCUGCUUAGCUAAAAUAAUGUUAUCCUUAUUAAACUAAAUAAUAACUAAAAAAAGAAAAUGGAAAAUUGUAUAUGCCUCUUAACAGGUCAAUUAUGUUUUGAACAUUUUAUACAGAUUUUCCUAGUUUUCCAACAUUUAUCCUGGUUUUUCACAUUUGUUUGGAAAACUCCUAAGAAAAUCGAAAAAUGACCUAUUUAAAAGACUUCCUUAGUGAAAUUUCCUUUUAGAAACAUCGCUAGCAUUAAAAGUUGGACCAAAAUUGCUGGUAGAAAAGUUGUGAACAGAAAAAAAGAAAACCGUAAUAUAUUUUAACUAAUACCUACAUUUCUUAUAUUUUCCCGUUUUUUUUUUCGGUUUUUCUUAUUUGAUGAGAAAACUCCAAAGAAAAUUGAAAAAUGAUAUCUUUAAAGUACCUCCCCACGCCUAUUUCCUUUCAGAAAAGGUGGUACACUUAGAAAUUCAAGCAAGUCUCUUGAAAGAAAAGUUGUUAACAGAUUAAAGAAAAAAAAUAAACAUCUUUGUAAAACCAUAAGCUUCUUCGCUCCACUCAGAAACUAAAACGAAAUAUCAAAAAUUAAGUGGCCGUUGUUGUUGUUGCAAGAUAUUCCUGCGGGCUUUCCUAAUAAUUAAGAGAACUCCAAUAAAAUUAAUCAAAAGGCGACCGCUCAAAUGAAAUAAUCAUAAAAAAGGUGUAAAUAAGAAAAACCACGCCUAUAAUCUUUAUAUUUUAAAAAAGCAUCCGUGUAUAACAAUAAUAUUGUAUUUUUGGUUGGUCGUUUGGUUAUCCCCGUGGCGGUUUUUCACCGGCACAGUACUUUUGGUGACGUGUCGCAAAAAUCGUGUAUUUUCCUCACGUAUUCACGUGACUUAUUUUACGACCGGACGACGAAAUAUUAUUUUAUUUUCCAUUACGCCCCGAUACUCCGUAAUCUGUAGAAUACCAGUAAUAAGUAGAAAUGUGAUAUAAAUAAUAAAACGCCGGAAAUUAUUCAAUAUUGACCAAAGAUAUUGUACGGCUAUAAUAUUAUAGAUUUCGAACGCAACGAGUAAUGUAUUGGUUAAACUGAUUGUGUAUGUGUGUAAGUGUUUUUUUUUUUUUCUGUUGCUAUCCGUUUUCAACUUUUCUACCGGGAAAAAACUGAUUGAAAUGUAUUAUUUUAUUUCUGAAAGCAAAUUUUGUUAAUUUAAUGGCUGAUUAGGUCGUUUUUUGAUUUUCCUGUGAGUUUAUUUUAAAUAAUGGGCAAAACCCGAAAAGUUCGACCCUUUAGAAAAAUAGUGGUAUAAAAUAUAUAACAUUUUUCCAAAAUAAAUUUUCUAUUCUUCCGUGGUGGUAAAUAUUUAUUGCCAUCUACAUAAUCAUGUUAAACAUGUUGUUAGAAUUGUCCGAUAUAAGGCAGCACCAUCAAAAAUUAUCCGUUGGCAUUUAAUCAGUUAUUAUAUUUUAUAUUGAUAAACACUUAUUAUGUGUUUGUGUAGGAUAAAUUAUCAUAAAAUGUUGUGCUUCAAUGUAGAAAACAUUGGUUUUGGAAUUUACGGUUCUGGGUUUUUUUUUUCGCAAAUUAGUUUAAAAUAGAUCUGAAAUCGUUAUAAAAUAAUUAUAUUCAACUUUCUAAUUGUUUUAGCAAUUCUUUUUGUUUUUAACUAAAUAUCUUGUUCUAAAUUUCACGAGUAGUGUUUUGUCUAAAAAAAAUGUCGUCAAGUUUUCUAAUUAGCAAAAAAGGAAUAUAUUUUCGAUUCUAAGCGAAACAAGGAAUAUAUUGAUUUUAGAAUAAUAUUAUUUUUUUUUAUCAAUAAAAAACUUUUUUACCAGAAAUCUUGUUUGGAUUUUCAAAUUUACCUCCUAUUCCAUAGUAUUGAUUACUUCAGAUAUACAUACAAAUUUCAAUCUAUAUCCUACCAUUUCAAGUUCUCACCCUACAACAGUGACCCACCUUUUACGCGAAGUAUAUUCGUAUUUUAGAUUCUGAGUGGAGUGAAGAAGCUUAUAGUUUUACAAUGAUGUUUAUUAUUAUAAUUUUUUUCUGUAGGCAACUUUUCUAACAGAAAUCUUGCUCCGAUUUACAAGUGUAGCACUUUAUUUUAACGGAAAUUAGAUUACUGGGGAAGUACUUUAGUGGAGAUAAUUUUUCGAUUUCCCCAAGAGUUUAUACAAUAAUUCCGAAAAACCGCGAAAAAAACAUAGGAAAACGGAAAAAUAGGUACAAUAUUAAACAAAUAUAUAAUGAAUGAAGCAAGAAAGUAAAAAAAAAUUAUUAAAAUGGUUAAUACAUGUAAAUAAACAAGCUAUUACGUUAUUUACAUUUUGACUGUGGUUUACUUGAUGAUGAAUUUUUAAUUCGAAACCAAUCGUAAUAUUACACUUAUCACAAACUUUAGGCGACGCAUUCAUUAAUUGAUUAAUUUUAUUUGUAUAUGUACAUUUUUUUAUUUUUAUAUUUAUUUACUUUAAAUGUAUGAUGCUUAUGUAAUUAUUUGACCAUAAUAUGACAUAUAUUUUGUUCACAAAGCAACACUAUCGACUGAACUUCGCUCAGAAUCGUUUUUUCGUUAGCGAUAGUUUAUCGUUACUUAUAGAUACGCAUUACAUUUCCCCUCUACCUACGUGUGAAGUUGCCCCGCGUUUUAAAAUUCAUAUUCGAGUAUUUGGUAUGCAUAUUGAGCGGAUAGAAGUAAAGAACGAACGUUUUGACAGUUUCGUACAAGGCUAUAUCCAUGUUUUAGUUUGUUCUCGAAACUUCAAAUAGGUUAUUCCCGGAACUUUUUGAUGGUUUUAGGAGAAAAUAAUGAUAUGAACUGACGAAAACACGGUCAAACUUCUCGGGCAAACGUUUAAAAACGUAACGUUUCUCCGUAGUACCCCGUAAUUGUAGCACCGUCAAAAUAAUAACAUUCUUUAAUCCUAAAAGUAGCUCGACAUUUUUACUGGAAAUCCGUCUACAAACUAUCGAAAAUAUUAUGACCAAUUUUAUUUUUCUGAAAUUCGUCAUUAUAUAGUUAUUUGUAUGGUUUAAUAAUUUCCGUGGAUAUUAUUUAUUAUAAUACAUUAUUACAUUCAUAACUCGUGUGUCGAACGGAUAUUAUAGUUUACCGGCUGUAAUAUCGAUCACAGUGCUGGCGAAGAACCUGAGAGACGUUUUAGCGUCGCAGACAUUUCACCGCCAAGUUUAUACUCUGUGUGAAGUGUCGAGAAAAUUGUCGAAAAAAAAAAUCAAUAAACGAUAAAUCGUUAAACAUAAACAACCUGAAUGAAAAUUGAUUUAUCGAAAACUGUGUGUGGGCACCUAAAACAUAAAAAAUUGUAUAUAUUAUUAUCAUAUUGCUCACGAUAAUGAUGAUUUUAAAUUUAUUCGCGUAUUAUACAAACAUAUUUCUAUUAGAAAAUUACAUUACAAUACUGUACCAUGGUAAAAUAUUUUAUAAUUAUUAUACCCAUUCCGUCGAGCAUCGAAUGAAAAUUUGCAUAAAAACAAUGAAAAUCAGGCAAGGUUAAAACUAAAUUUUACAAAUGCAUUUUGACUGUAAAUAUUUCUGAAUAUUAUAAGAAAAAAAAAAAAAAACAAAAGUGAGCAACGGAGCUCUGUCAUUGAAGUCGAACUUCCCCCAAUUGUUAUCUUUUAAAACAAUAAGUUUAUUUUUUUUUUAUAUAAUUUUAUUGAUCUAAAAUAGUUAAGCUUGCCAGAAUUUUUUUAUAUUUUAAUCUGUAGGGAUAUUGAAUAAAACCCGGUGUUUUCCACAAAAACAUGUGAUUUGAGCAUGCAAAUGUUCGGGUAGUGGUUUGAAUGUUUAAACCAUCAAAAGGCAAAUGCUCGGUACUUAAAUCGCUCGUAUGACAAAUCGUAUCUCCCUCGAUUUAUUUGUAUGCUUAAAGAGGUUUUUGAGGGGACGUUUAAAUUAAAAAAAACUUUCUCUUCACGACACAACACGGUAAAAUUCAACCGAAAUUUUACAUUUAAAGUCCGCACACAAAAUGACUCUAAUACUCGGGUUUGAGCAUAUUCAGUCCGGCGAGGUAUUUACUAAAUGUAUCGAAAAGUUGCGGGUAAAGGAUAAUAUAUAAUAUAGUAUAAUAUUAGCCAGUUUUACUCAAACUUUGUUUAUGUUCUUUAGCUGAUAGGAGGCGAUAGUUGUUAAUCUUAAUUUUAUCAACUAACUAACAGAUGGCUAUCUUGACUAUCUUGUUCUACUAUCUUUGUUUAAUUUUAAAGACUUUUUUAUUUCUGUUCGUCAUAUAUAUAUAUAAAUAUCAUCAUUUUCUUUUUUUAAGAGUAACACUUAUUAAUUAUGUUGAGAACCAGCCAAUUUUUAGAACGGUGCGUAUGACAAAUAGUGAUCCAUUAGCUUUCUAGUUUUUUGUUAUACCUACAGCUAUUUGGUGUUAUUAUAUUUUAAAUGUUAAAAUAUGUUAUUAAUUUAGCAAUCGAACUUAGUCUGUAUUGUUGAAAAUAAAAAAAAAAUAAUAAUAAUAAUAUAAUCGACACAAUCAUCAGUGUGAUGAUCUAUAUUUUCGAGGAAAAUUUGUCAAAAAAUGUGAAGUAUUAAUAUCAGUAUGUUCAGUUGAUUUUCGACUUGCGCGUUUGUUUUUUACACUUCUCCGGUGGAACGGGACAAGUACCUAUAGAAACGCACGACGUAUAUUAUUAAUAUAUAAAACGACUUGCGCGGCUAACGAAAUUAGCGAUAUAAAUAAUUUAGCGACGCGUGUUAAUUUUUGUUACCAAACAGGUAGCAGCAGUGCCCCGUCGGUUAUGCGUUGUCACUCCGUCGUGUUUUCGAUUAGACUUGAUUACACACGGCGACAGCCAUGGCCAUUUUAAUAUCAUCCACCAACCCGUGAACGUAUUUCGCUGUCACGGCACUAAUUAUUUUCGUGCACGACUGUAGACGAAAAAAAAAAAAAAAGAAAAAGAAAGAAAGACAUGAAGCAAAAACCCAAAUAAAAAAUUGGUUUUUGAUGGUGUCGAUUAGGCGAAUUUAUGUUACACGCGUGUAAAACAAAGAAACCCAAAAAUCUACAGUUCGCUGCAAACUAUAAUGCAGUCCGAUAACAUUUUCGAUUAUUUUACGACUAUGGUAUGUCGAUUCAAAUGAAUGUUACGGAAAAAACUCCUACGAAUAACUAAACAAACACUUGAAUGUUUUUUUCUGGAUUAAAAUGCAUAGAUUAUAGGACCGUAUAGAUUGUAUACUAUAUAUUCCAUAGAGUAUGUGUAUCCUCAAGAUAUAUUUUGUUUAUGUAUUUUAAAUAAUUUCGUUUCUUAUAAUUACAGGCAACGUGGAAAUCUUACACUUGGGCAAAUGGGGUGCGGUGUGUGAUGACGAAUGGGACAUACGCGAAGGUCAGGUGAUUUGCAGGCAACUCAAUUUCGGUGGCGCCGUCAAGGUCACGCACAACUCACAUUUUGGACAAGCGACCAGUAAGUACGACAUAACAUAACUAUAAAUUAUUAUUUCCGUAUAGGAGGAUUAUUUUUAAUUGGAGCUGGCUCGAUCAAUAUUUACGACGAAAUAGUCAUAGGAUUUCCGAAAAAUUGCGUUUUUAUUUUUUUUAGAUUUCAUAUAAGUUAUGUAUGGUUUAACGUUUAACUAUGUAUGAUACAGAUUAUUUUUCUUUCGGAUUGCCUCCGAAUACAAUUUCCUCUGCCUUCUUUCGGCAAUUUUAUUCUUAAACAUUUUUUUCCCCCGAAAAUCGUACAUUUUGGGUAGAAUACCAUUAUCAUUUUAUACAACUCAUCAGUAUUUUGAGACGUUGUUUCGAGCGAUAAUGUAUAAUAUGUAUAUUCAACAUUUUAAUAUGAAUGAUAUUUUUUCUCUCGAGGGAGAUACUGGAUGGACAACACUCGUUGCGGUGGCCAUGAGAAGGAGAUCACCGUGUGCCGGUUUGACAGUUGGGGCGAAAACGACUGCGAUCCGUCCGAGGCUGCGGGCGUGGUAUGCUAUUCGCCGGAAUCGAAUAUGACACUGAAUAACGCAACCACUACCAUAGUUGUCAAUCUACCGAAGAAAAAAGUCAAAAAACACAGAAUCAAAGUAAAUAAUUACAUUAUAUUUGUUAAAUCACCCAAUAUUAUCCGGGUUCGUUUGUUUCAAAAUCAGAAAUCGAUAAAAGAAAUUUAAAUUGGCGUGUCUUCCCGUUUCCAUCCUUAUCCCUAUCACAGCUGUUCAUCUUUGUUGCCGGUUAUUUAUUUAAAAAAAAACUUUCUUGUCUGUGGCAAUUUUAUUAAAUAAUAAUAACUGUUUUUGUUCGUCCGUAUCACCAAAGUGUAACCCAUAAAUCAACAAACAAAAUAUAUUCAAGUUUUGUUCCAAAAAUACCGAAAACCCAAUGUUAGCCACUCUUAAGUGAGUAAAUUUCGAGAUAAAAGGAAAUUGAUGCAUUUUUCUGGUUUUAAAUGGCAUGUGCUUAAAAUUUUAUCAAGAAAUGUACUCAGAAUAUUUUAAGUGAAAAGACAGACAUUCAGAUAUACUGAAAGAUUUCUAAUUGUAUAUAAUAUAGGAUCAUUCUAUUUAAUUUCACCUGAUGCGUGUGCUGGACAAAUUGUAUUAAAUUGUCGAAACUUUUAAUUUCCAAUAAACAAAUUGCAUAACUUAAAUUUAGUAAUAUAUGGUUUUAAUUUUUGAAAAAAAACUUCAAUUGCCUUUAGAGGCCAAUAAAUAGAAAUUUUUAGAUAGAAAAAUGCGUAUUGUUGCAAUUGUAUGACACGUAUGAACAUUUAUUCGUGUUACAAAUUGUGUGUUUUUUUUUUUUUUGAAAUAUACUUAACUUCCUAUUUAUUUAAAAUCAUCUAAUAUAGCAUGGAAUGGGUCAUGGAAUUACCCUAUAAUAUUUUUAAAUUUUUUUUUUUCAAAAACUUGACAGUAUCGUAGGUAACAGAUUGUCAAUGUUAUCGAUUUUUUGAAGGAUUUCUGGAAGGUAAAAUAAAUCGAAAACAAAUCGAUUCAGAAAGCCUACAGUUUAUUAACUACCAGUAUUAGUUUAUUAUUUCAAUUACGGUCAUAAUUUCCACAAUUUCUAGUACAUGUCUCUGUUUGAUUCUAUGUGUAGACUUUUUAAAAUUAUCUUUACCUCUGUAUUUCCAACUCUAUAUUGGAGGUCCCUAGGUAAUUUUUGACUAUGGUAUCUCGUUUACUUUGUACUAUUGUUUGACCUCUAGACAAUCAUUUACAUAGUUUUUUCAUUUCGUUAUAUUAGUUCUUCUAUUGUACACUACGGAUUCUAUUAAGUUGAAUCCGCUGAAGAACUGUAUUCUUUCAAAACCAGAAUUUUUAUUAGUUAUUUUAUUAAGGAUUCAAACGGCGCUAAUAAAAAUCCUAACGAAAAACGCAGUCGUAUUAUAUUAUUCCUUUUUUUCUGUAUUUAUACUAGCGUUCCGGUCACGUUGCCCGGUCUCGUAUUUUUUAACAUUGAAAAAAUCCAAAAGAAUAGCGCGAAAUACUGAUUAUUAUAAGUUAAUUUUUUUUUUUUCUUUUUCCUUCGUAAACGGAUAAAAGGAAUAUGGAAAACUGUGGAAAAACUGUCAUAAAAAAAAAAAAAAAAAAAUAAUAAUAAUAAUAAAACAUUAGCCACUCGGUUUGAUAAAUAUCAGCUUGUAUAUCAUUAUAUUUUGUUAACUGUUACGGGGCGUUCGGAGUAGGCAAAUCGGGUACUCGCGUGCAUAUAAACCGGGUGCGUUGUAGCAUUCUAUUCGUGUACUAUGUUAAUGUUAUUAUUGUUGUAUCGCGUUUUUCAUUAUUACUGUUGUUAUCAUUAUUGCGUAUCACUUUAUUAUUAUGUUGCACAGGACACUUUAGGAUUCAACGGCGAGCUUCGAUUGGUCGGCGGCAGAACGCCAGAAGAAGGCCGAGUGGAAGUCAAGACCGACGACGGUAAGUAUCAACGGAUUGCAGCGUAUUUUUAUUUAUUUCAAUUAACUAUUCAAUAUAAUAACAAUAUUCCGAGUUGUUUUCUCAUAUGUAAGAACGAUAUUCCUUCCACGCAUAGGUCUGGCUGUCUGAUCGCUAAACGAAUCUACAGUUACAAUCCGGUCUCGAUUAUAUUUCGACAUUCAAAACAAGAAAAAUGUCUUCGUCUACAUAUUUAACUCGAAACGUAACCCCCGAUACAGUUGUGAAUUGUCGGUUGUUUCGGAAUGAAAACUGAUUUUUUUUUUUUUUGUUGAUUUGUUGAUUUAUGGAUUAAUUUGACGACACGGACGGAAACCGCCGUUGUUAUAAUUUAGUCUGGUCGCAUACACUUUUUAAAUCAGAUAGAAUAUUGGGCGACAACGAUUAACUGCGAUGGGGAUAAUGGCGGAACUGAGGAGACGCUUCAAAUGGGAUUUCUGUUUUCCAAAGGAUCGCGGCCGGUAGACGCGCGGGUUAUUCAAACGGUAAUCAAUAAUAUUUUAAUAUUUAAGGUGUGCUCAUAACUGUAUACAUAUAUAUUUCGACGUUUGUUGCUAAAUUAUACACACGCGAAAACACGUGUCUAUACGCGGUAAAUAUUUACAGUUCGUUAGUGACGUUGUCGUGGCUCACUGUUGCAGAUAACUUAUCGCGAUAUUUCGAAACGGUAGUUUUUCUACAAUAUCUCUGACGAUAAAACUGAUAUAGUUAGAAACAAAAACAACCCGGCGACAACCGGUCGGCUUGAUACUGCACAACACUAAAUAAAUAUAUAAUUUUUACCCCCGUUCGCACUCAGUUUCACUGUUUACAAUCGUAACUAACAUUAUGACGUUGAGUAAAUGUUAACAAGCCGAUGGGCACAUUCUAUACGUUCGUCGUCGCGUUACGAUUCGAGCUAAAACCAAUUUAUCGGAUUAUGUCCACGAAGGAAAAUCAUUUUUUAUUAUUUUUUUUUUUUCAUUGCACAUCGUUAUCAAGACGCCUAGGCGUACGAAAAUGGCUCUCUCCACGUGACCAUUAUAUUUUUCCUCGUUUUCGCUUUUAACAUUAUGCUACACCCGUGUGUAUCUACUUUCCCCGCUUUAUAAAUCGACUGGAUAACGUCGGCACGUUUUUCGGUUUAAAAUUGUCUAAUAGAAAAACUCUCAUUCCUCAUAGAAUGGUCCUUUUUCUAAAACUGUUUUUUUUUCUUUCAUAUUUUAUACUCUAUUUUAAACUUCCAACUUGAACCACAUUGAACUCCGUUUUUAAAUAUAUUUUAACCUCAAACUUUUUAACAUGUUUUUUUUAAAAAAAAGCCAAUGAAAAGUUAUUUUUCACCAAAUUUCUCAUACCUACCAUUAUUUGAUAUCAAAUUAAAAAAAUCGGAGUUCAAUGAUUUAGAAUGAAUACCAAUAAAUACGUGAUAAAUAGUCUUAUCAAAAUAAUUUUUGAAUUCUACAAAACCGGAGACAAUUUGGAAAAUGGGAUUCCAGACCUUUGAGACGAAUGUAUUUCACUGUGUAUUAUAGAUACCAGACGUCAGAACGCAUACACGUCGUUGUCAUUUGGAGAGAAAAUAUUUAUUUUUUUUACCCAUGACGUGAAAAAAGUUAUUUAAUACAUUUUUAAAACCGGCGACGGCACCGCGUGUAUCGUUUUGCGAAAAUGCGUGAAAUAUUCAACGCAAUUACAAAUACCAUUAAUUUUAAAGCGAUGACAUAACGACGUUCUAACAAUGCAUUGUAUACUUUAUACCGUGAAAAUUUAAAUACAUACGAUUUUGCCGUAUAAAUAUGUUUAUUAGGUUUUUACGAGGCUAGGUUUUUUUCGUCUGACCGACGAAUAACAAUAUUACCUAUGACACUAUUAAAAACGGUAGCGUAUUAAUUACAAAAAAACUCGAUUUUGAGUUAUAACACUUUUCCUAUUGUAUAUUAAAUGCAGUCCUUUGCGAUGCAUUUUCUCAUAGUUUACACAAGUUCACUGAGAAAAUAUUAUUAUGCAUUGUGUAUUAAAAGUGCAAUACCGAAAUAAUAAACUAUUGCCUUGCAAUUAAUUCAAAUACAGUUAUUGCUUCGGUCCACUAUACCUGUGUGUUAAUUAAAAACAGUUAAAUUCGUACAUUGAAUAAUUAGAUUUGCUUGAUUUGAAUUGUACGUGGUGAUAAAUUAGUUUAUUUUAUAUUUUACUGGGGUUUGAAAACGAUUAAACUGUUUAAACUUUUUUAUCAAAACAUUCUUUACAAUCACGAUAAAAAGAUUUUACUACGUUACCGUUUUCAAAGUGCGUUUAUCGACGGUGAAACGUUUCGAAAGCGUUUUAUACUAUUUGGUCGGGUCGGUUAGUGUGAGCGGCUCUUGUCCAAAGUUAUUAAAGUCCGAGUGUUUGUGCGUUUAAAUGGGAUGCUUCCCAGUACGGAGUAGUUUGUCAAAUAUUUGACUUUCGGACGUUUACUUUGGGCCGUAUCACAGUUUCGCGUUUUGGGUGUCGAGUGUAAAUCGAGUCAGGUUCGCAAGUAUAGGUAAUAAUGAUUACCAUCCGGGUUUCAAAAUCGAUUUUGACGAUGUCGACAAUAUCGAAAUACGAAUAUACUAAUGCUCGAAAUGUGCUGGGUUUUUUUUACUACGAUUUGGUUUUUAGUCUGUCUGUAAACAAUCUUUUCUACCGACCAUAUUGGUCAGUUCACAAACUGUUGCGUAUUAUUAUUUCCUAAAAUAAAAUGUCACUUUGUCGGUGUAUGGAAAAAACCAUCUUGAUGUUAUCCAUGUAGAUUUUUAAUAUAGUUGAGAAAAAUCGGAACAUUUACGCAGUAACAUUUUACGUUAUUUUCGAUUUUGUUUUUGUAAUGCACUAAGAAAUAAUCGUUAAGAUCUGCAAUUUUCACAGAACAUUAAUUGUGUUAUAGACAUGUAAAUUUUCCAAAAAUCUCUGACGGAUUUUGACUCGUGCAUAUGUAUUUGAAGUGUUUUCGUUUUUUAGUUUUGGUUCGGUUUUAUGCGAAUAAAAAUGUUUUGAGAACAUUUUAUACGAGAUUCGUCUUAAUAAUGAUAUGAUGGUUGUUGGAGGUGAAAUUAAAUGGGGACCAUACGUACUUACAAAAAUACUAACGUCAGUGUUUUCUAACAGUUUAAAUUUUAAUACGUCGAAUUGAUCGUUAAUAUGCGUGAUGCUUAUUAGGUUGUAAAUAAUCAUGCAUCAGUGAACACGUGAUGUGAAGUGUAAAACUGCAUGACCACUCAAAUAUUGAAGUACCUACUGAAACAAUGGCUGCUUUUUUCACGAUUCACGUUUGCGGAUUUUAACUCGGGCACGAAUCAUUCGAAAAUUUUGAUUAACGUCGGGUUUUAUCAUCGUAAAAUUGAUCGAUUUAAUUCCAUAUUUCUCUUUUUUUAGCACGCAGCGUUGUCAAGAAAACCGAAUCUACGGGCAAGAUUUUUGCUUGAUAGGACAACGAUUUCCAAUUUUCAUAUUUGAUUUAAACUAUAGAUAUAGGCUUUUAAUAUUAGAUGGAGAAACACGUGUUUCGUCCAUUGCGCGUGAGUGAAAACAGUUGUCAACAUUAUUGAACGAACGGUUUAAAUUUUAAGUUUUGAGUACACACUUUUUUUUUUUUAUUUUGUCUACUCAAUUACAGGAUCUAAACGGCACAAAAAGCUCAUUAACAAUGCGUAUUCAUAUGAAGGACGUUAAAAAAAAAAAAGUACCGAAUGGAAAAAUUCAAUAUUUCCAACAGAAGAAAGUUAUUGCCGUCCUAAAAAAAAAUAAUUGUUAAAAUCACUAAUAAUUGUUUUUUGACUCUCAUGAAAACUAUGAAUUGUGUCGCUUAGACCCUAUUGCCGUGUCACUAUUGAUAUUAUUUACAUAUUCGCUAAAAAUAACCACCGAAAAUACGAGUUAUUGGUGUUAUUUGGACACAAGUUAACGGAUAGAAAAUCGCAUCGGACAAUCCAUAUUAUAUGUCGUCAUUUGAAGAAAAAGCCAUCAUUUGGACGAUUUCAUGUGGACUAUCCAAACAUCGAUCGGCACAAGCACAGACGUAAUCAGGUUUUCGUGACAAAUCGUUAAAAUCUCGGCCAUGUUUUGAACAAAAUAAAGGACUGGCGUACCUCAGCAAUUUAAAGCGAUUGAAUUCACACACUCAUUUUUGACCGACCAAGAUGGUUCGGGACAAUAUUUUGCAUUAACAGAGAUCGUCGUUUUUUUCGGACGCACAAUUAUAAUUUUCCGGUCGUUUAUCCGGGGAACUCGAAUCGGCUAUACGUUGUUUGACAUUUUGUUUUUUAUAAAAAUCUACGGCCAAACUUACGAGUUAUGUGACAUUUGUGAAAAAAAAAAAGCGGCCAUAUAACGGGCAUCACGUAACGCGAAUGAUUUAUAUAUUAAUAAUGCAAUGUUUUCGAUUUGUAUAAACGCGCGCGCACGCGCCAACAAUAAUACAAGUUUCGCGUACCGGAGUUUUUUUUUUAUGCGUUUCAUAAUGUUUCGCGUUCCGUCCGUUCGCCGUUGUUUAUGGCGAAACGUUUAAACGGAACAAAUAAAAAUCGACGACACGGCGAAAUCGUUUUACUCGGCUCUGCGUUUGCGUUUUUUUUUUUUUUCCGUUAUUGUGACCCGCCGUGCUGCGCAGUGUAAUAUAAUAUACAUAUAAGUACGAGCAUAUAAAAUAUAACAUGAUUUAUUAAUAUUAUUGCUAUUAUUUUGAUUGUAUCCGUUUGAUUUUAUUAUUAUUUUAUAUUCCGAGCGCACCGGGUGAUGUACUAUUGGUUUUACUAUGGUUUUAGAUCCCGAACCCAACGAGCGAUCUAUUAUUAUUAUUAUUUUUAGUGUCCGAGUGGAGCGAAGAAUGGCAUUGGUUUUACAGUGAUGUUUAAUUUUUUUAUUUUUUUUCUGUGGACAAAUUUUCUACCAGCAAUUUCGCUCCGACUUACAAUAAUAGACCUUUUUCUGAAAGAAAAUCUGAUUGAAGAGAUACAUUAGGGAAGUAAUUUAUUGAUUUUCUCAAUAAUUUUUUUUUUUGUUAAUUGUAAAUAUCAAGCAGCUCUCAAGUAACUCUUAAAUGAUACGUUACCGUUAUUUUUGUGACGGAGGUGAAAUAGCUACCUGCUUUUAAAAUUCAAACAGUAACCUAUAUUGAAAAUAUCAUAUCUGGAUGAAGUAUUUGUUAACAUUAUGUCAACCUACGUUUCGAUUUAAAAUUUUUAAUUUUCGACAGGGAGAGAGUAGUGGAUUAUUAUUUGUGUGGCAGCAUGAUGUUUAAAUAGUGUUGAACUUCUCCUCACUGACCAAACUUUACAAUAAAAUAUCUAGUCAACGGUUUGACGGAAAUUUAAAAUCUAUAGAUUGAUAGUAUUAUAAUACUUCAUCUAUCGUUAGUUUUUCUUUUCUAAAAUAAAGAUCAAUAUUUGAUAAACAAAUGCAGCUAAUGGUUUUAUUUUUGGAUCUUAUUUACUUGACGAUAAUCUGAGAAAUGGUACUAGAUUAAUGUCGUAUAAAUCUUUAUUACCCAUAUUUCAAAUGACUACGAUUUUUAUCCAGUAUAAAAUAUGAAGACAGAAUAUAAUUAUAUCGUGAAACGAAAGUUUUCAGUACAAAAUAAUUAACAAAGAAACGAUAAAAAGAAUAAAUAAACAAAAGCACUAGAAAAACAAUACAGUUAUAUGGUUUAAUUUACUAGUAAAAAACGUAGUCUAACGAAACAGAAAUGGUUCGCUAUUACUUCUCGUGUACAGUAUAUGUAAAAACGAAACUUAAGUGUAGGUAGCCGUAUACCUAUAUAGCUUGUUGUUCGUGUUUCGUAUGUCGUCAAGUCUGAAAAUAUAUUUUCAUACCAUAAUUAAUUAUCACUCCAGUGGAUACAUGAAUAUACGACGAAAAGAAUAUUUGCGGGAAACCAGAUUCACUUGAAUAUCGAAAGGUUCUCAGCUGGUUUCGGCAUAAAAAAAAUUUGCUAGCGAAUAACGAUAAAAUUUGAAAAUUUUUAUUUCAUAGUUUAUUAAAAAAAAAAAAAUUAAAUAAAUAUAAGAAAAACUAUAAACGAGUUUAAUGAUGGAAAAAAUAUAUGUUAAUAUAAUAUAACGAAAAACAUUAUUGAAUGAAAUAAGUAAUUAGGAUUAAAUAAAAUGUAAACAAUAACCGAUAGCUUUACUUGAAGUUCGUAUCGGUUUUGAACGGUGAGAGAAGAGGGCGCGGGUGUUGGCAGCGGGUUGUCGAAGGUGAACGUCACUAGAACGGCGUUACAAAUGAAAUGGGGCAAAUGCCGCGCCACGGUCCGUAUUUAUACUCCUGUUCGGUGGUCGGAGGCCGUUGGACGGCAGCAUUGGUCGGCGGUCGAAGACAGCGGCGCUCGCGACGAACUUUACGGGUGGCGGCGUGAGAAAAACCGCGAGAGACCGUGAGAGACCGGUUGACUGGUGGCGCGUGCGGUAGGCUUGUGGUGGCCUUGUUGCGUAGAGCGCGACACUCUGCGGUUUGUAUUGUGGUGCGGAAAAAAUCGGUUGCUUAUGGCGAAAACAAGAAGUUGCAUAUCAUGGUAUAUUAUUAUGCUUUAUGGACAGCUGUUAUUUUUGCGCCUUACAAUGUGUUCAUUACAUAUUACGGGAUUAUGCGCAAUUAUUCAAAUAAUGCAUUAACUCGUGAUAAAUCUAACUUUACCAUUAGUUUGUAUGCCGAUUUAUGUUUUUUGUUCGUCAUAAAGAGACGACUCUGUUCUUUGCCACCGGAAAAUUUUCUCUUGAUGGACUUUAGUUCGGGCUGACAUGUGCCCACAUCUUUACUAACGGGAGAUAAAUUGACUCCCUUCAUUCCUUUGGCAGUUUGUAUUUUAAUUUGUUUUCCUGUUUUCUUUGUCUGGCGUUUUUUUGGCGGUUCAACGAUAGGUUUUUUAUCUUUUGUAUCAGAAUCACUUGAAGAAGAAGACGAUGAACACGAAGAAGUCGACGAGGACGAAAAAGACGAUGAACUGCUAUCGUGCCCUGAUAAUCUGUUACAACAUGAACAAUUAUCGUUACACUGGGGAGAUUCCGUUCUUUUAGACGCAUAAUUGUGAUCUAAUUGCACUUUAGUUAAUAUCAUACUCGCUAAUUCGUUUGCCAAUUGUCUCUGUUGGCGAAUAUAUUCCCAAUAAUGAUUCGCAUUCGGCCUUGGUGACACGACAUCUACUUUAUAGCGGUAUGCAAAACCCUCAUUAUCACUGUUGGAUGAACUGUAAAUCGCCAUAUUUACAAAUCGAUAUUAACAUUCAUUAAACUAUAAUAUAAUUCAUAACGGUACAAAAAUGUAUAGAAAAAUAUUUAGAGUUUCCAAUAGCAAAUUAAAUGUCUUGUUAUAUUUUGUUAAUGAUAAAAACACACUCAAUACGUUGUAUGGAUACGAUAAUAAAUCAAAUGUAAUAACAAUGUUUUUUUGUAACCAUUAGGUGACUAAAUUUUAAAACCGAAUCAUAAAAUUCACGGAGUUCCAAACAACUUUGUAUAGAAUCGUUUUACGUUAGCAAUGAUUUAUUGUUGCGUACAGCUAUAAAUUUAAAUAAAUGUAUGUAUAUAACCUUUUAUUUUUGUGUGCCUGUGAGGGGCCAGAUGUUUUGUUCCAAAGUAUCGAGUGGACCACCUUUUCUUAAAGAAAUGUUACCUAGCUAGAGUUCAUUGAGAGGUCAUUUUUUGGUUUUUUUCCCAGCGGUUCUCAUAAGAAAUGGAAAAAACUAGGAAAAAAAUGUAUGGGUAAAACGGAAAAUAUUUACUGCGUUACCGAUUCCAUUCCAAAAAUUUGACCAAAGGUCAACUGUAGGUUCAACUGUGUUUUUUUUUUUAUAAAGCGUUUAAUAUUCAAAUUUUAAUGACAUCGUAAAUAUCACGAAAUUUCAAAACUCAUGCAGAUAUGUAAUAUUUAACUGAAGUUCGAUCAGAAUCGAUAGAAAAUAUUGAUACGUAUAGUAUACCAAUAUAAACUAACAACUGUUUUAUAACAAAAUUAUGGUUAUGCUUUGCAGUGCAAGCUCUUUUCCUUUGCUGGGCAUAAUAUAUUUAAAAUAGGUCACUCGAAUAUUUGCCAGUUUUUACUUCCCUGUUAAUUGUUAUCGUUAAACAGAAGAGUUCAAACAAAUUUUGAUUUUCUUAGCAAGUAGUCCCAGGUUUUUAUAGACUCCCCGUAUCUCAUCCGAAGCGUUUAAUUUAAAGUUCCUAUAUUUUUUUUUAUUUAUUUAUGUCCCAGUGUGAUCGUAAAACUAUGCUAUUAAUGAAUCCCUUACAAGAACGAUGCGGAUGGCCAAUGUCCGACCAUCAUUUUCUUCGUAUUUGUCCCGUUGUGUUCCGUUGAUUUAUUGUAAACUUUAGUCGUUACUAGUAAUCGUAUAACGGUUGGAUUGUCAUUCUAUACUUUUGAUAAAAACAAAAUAAAAACGAACAAUGUGUUUCUUUCCAGACUUUUUUCCUAGAAAACAUUCAGUUUAUCGAAUUUUUCUUUUUGAUACGCCCACCUUCCAGUCACACGCGAUUUAACGAUACGACCGCGUGUUCCGUAUAAAAAAAAAAAAAAUAAUAAAAUAAAAAAAAAUAUCUCGGCAAACCGUGAAUUUUUCAGGAGUUGCGUUUAUUUACGUGUAUAUACCUAUUCGUACACAAUACAAAUAAUACGUAUGUACGCAUGCAGAAAAGAAAAAAAAAAAACUCGGAAAUUUAUAAAUAUUUCAUAAAAACCGCGUGCGUAUCGAAUACCUACGUGUCUAGUGGCCGGGUACGCCAGAAGGUUACCUACACACGUGGGUACAAUAUUAUACAGCGAAACUUUCUUCGGCAUACUUACAUAUUUUUAGACACAUACAUGCAUAUGAUACAGAUAUCUAAUAUGGCAAUAUUUUUAUACACGCGCGGUUCGGGAUUUCGUUGAUUGAGUUUUAUUUACUAUGCGAUACGUAAGUAUACAUAAGAGGAACCGCCGGUGUUCGAAACGGGCUACGGUCUGGAAACUCCCGGCCACCGUACGCCGCCGUCGUCACGCGUUUCCUCAAAACUUUUCGUUCGAUUUGCGCUCCGUGCAAAAAAAUAAAAAAUAAUAAUAAUAACAAUAAUACAAUCAAGGCGAUUCGCGAACCCGUGAUAUUUUAGGCGAAUUCGAUUCGCGUUAUUUUCAAUUGUUAUUUCGAAUCGUUUAAACUUGAUUUUAUUAACACUUUCACUAACAACGUUUCAUCAACAAUUUAUCACCCUCACUCCUUGCACCCGAAUCUAGUAUACAUUUUGUGUCUUCUAACCCCCCCCCCCCUUCCAAUCCCCCGUUCUUUUAAACACGGAUUCGCGCAGAGAAGAUUUAUCUACGCAUUUUGUUAUGCACAACACAACUAUGGGAUUUACCGUUUAUAUAGAUUCGAAGUUUAGACGGGAGGAAUAAUGAUAGGUUAUGAAUCUAAAAAUGAAUACGGAAUAUACAACCCCUCCUUACUCUUCCAGUGCAAAUGUUAAACUAUCGUGACACAUAAACGGUAAUCCGAUAUUACAGUGUUAUAUUUAUCGAUAUUUUUUGAAACAUAUUCUCUAUUCGAAUCUGUAUUUUUAAAAUUCGGCUUAUUUAUGGUUUAACGAGUACGGGCAAAAAAUUUAACAUGUUUUUUUUUUUUUUAAAUAAAUAAUUUCUUAAAGAUUGAAAAAAAAAAAAUAAAAAUAAAUCAAAUAUAUUUAAAAUCGUCCGAGUACAUUGUUGGUUCAUGAUUGAAUCACUCUGUGCGUAUACUGCAACUGAUACUACUACAAUAUAUUUCAAUGGAAUGAGGUAACGCGAAAUAUAUUAGCUGCAGAACGGACUUCGAUUGAAAUUAGUUUAUUUUUAGAAAUAGGUGGAGAGAGCGGUACCGACCGAUCAGAUCGGUACCGACCGAUUUGCGUUCGUAUCGAUUAUAAAAACGUAAAUGAACAACGAUUCCGAAAAAUCCGUCGGUCACAUUGCAGUACGAAAAUUGUUCCCCCGUGAAUUACAAUUCACAAGUUUUCAUACAAUCACAGAAUAAAUGAAAUCAAAGUUUAGAAUAAAACUUCGAUAAUAUGAAACUGAAUGGAUUCAUUGCCUGUUUCUGCAAGCAUGUUAGGGAAUCCGCACCACACACCGCCAUCGCGCGUGUACAAACAUGGACGGAAAUGUUCCCGAACAAUCAGUGAUAGUGUGUAAUCCAUUCUGUCAGACUUAUGAUGGAACUUUUAUAGUGAACCAAAUCCUAACAAAGCAAAGAUUUCCACGAAACAUAAUAUGAACUUCUAUACAGCCUUUUUUAUAUUAAUUAUAUUACGUAUAUAUAUAUUUUGAUUGUAUAUCAAAGGGAUAUUAAUUUUUUUAUAAAAAAAAAUUGAUAAAAAAUAAGAACAUUUGAUAUAAUUUUUUGGAACUUUAUAUUUUGGCGGUCAAGUGAACUAGCAGCGUCUUCAGUUGCGCUAAUCCAGGCCUGCUGAUUCUUAUACGUACUAAACUAUCACUGUUUUAGGAGGAAAUUCGGAAGGCGGGAUGUAUAGCGUAAUUUAAUUUUUUUCUGUGCGUAACGAUAAACUAUUGCUAACGAAAAACGAUUCUGUGCAGAGUGUAUGAAUCGUAAUAAAAAAAAUUGAAAUACCGGACUAAUUAGAAAUAUUUAAAACAAUUGUCUGUUUUAGGAUGGGGAGUGAUUUGCGGUGAUGGGUUCGGCGUUUUAGAGGCGAUGGUCGUAUGCCGUUCCGCCGGUCUAGGCUACGCAGCCGGAGCGUUCCAGACGGACCAGUUUGGCGGGCUGGAAAGACCGGUCGCGUUGGCGGCCGUCGAAUGCACGGGCGAAGAGCCGUCGUUGGACCACUGUUACCACCAGCCCGGAGCUGCGUGCCCCACUAGCAAGGAGACGGUGGCCAGCGUAGUGUGUGUCAAGGGUGAGUACGACUAAAUCAUUUAUAUUGACGCGAAUUUUGAGGAGUAUUUUUUUUUUUUUUUUUUAAACCAAAUGAAAUGUUUUUUUUAAAUACAGCGCGCGAUUCCUUUGUUAACGGUGUUACCGAAUAUUCCGUCUUCGGAUUGGCAUGGUGUAUUCGGGGGAGGGAUGACGAGGUGGCUUGGAAUUACAAGUUCGGGAUGUCCUUUUCUGCAGAAUGUACACCCGUGAUACAAAUUCUAUUUUUUAAACAAAAUUACUAUUUUUUACUCUUUAUAUCGUUUACCUACUAAUAAAGCACAUUAUUACAAAAAUACAUAACGGAAAGCGCGUAACGAUGAGUUGUGUAGUUUAUAAAUAAUAUACUAUAAGUAAUAUUGUAUACAUUUUCAAUGUCCGUUUCAAGUCUGCUCCAUAAAGUGAUAGUUACUAUCGUGAUAGUUGGUGCCAUAACGAUUGGUAUAGUAACUAAAUCAUAGAAGCCAGAUUAUUUUUGGUGAAUUUCUAAUGAAAUAUCCAAUAUCUGUGAACGCUAUCCCUCUCUUGGAUAUAUAAUUUUGUUACAAAAUCUACUAAUUCGAUUAUUUUCUAUUUGUUUUCACAGUAAACAUAUUAUCAUUCUACUAGGCGUCCGAUAGAUUUUUCGAUAUAUUCAUGUUAAAUACAGAAAACCUUCUUAAGAAAAAAAAAAAAAAUGCACUGAUAGUGACAGCGUUCACCCGUUGAUUGAAAUUGUAAAGAUUGUAUAGACAAAAUGGCAGUAGAGUGAAUUUCAAUAGAAACGUUUUUUAAAGUGAACAACGAUAUAGUACGAGUUCAUACAGUGACGCAUCAUGCAUGUGUAUAGUUACUACUAUCAGCCUUCACAAUAGUAACUGUCGACUAUCGUGCACGCAUUAAAUGCCUAGUGUGAUUUUCACGACAGUUCACGGCAACCUAUUUACACGGCGAUAAUUAAUAUUUGAAAUCGUCAUUGAUGCGGAUUUCGAAACUAUCACGAUAGUAUAAAUUUAAAUUGCGGAAACCGGGCUAAAAAAUGUUUCGCUCGUUUCGGGAAUGACCUAUAUUUCGGGAAUUUACACUUGACGGGUUUCUCGACUAUAAGCUCAAAACCAGCUUACAGUAAACAGCCUUUAAUUUGGCGAAAAAACAAAAACGAAAAAAAAUCAUUCGUACACCUGCUAGCACUCUUCAUACCGAAAAUUUAAUUUAAUUAUUUGCACAAAACAACCCGAGUGUACAUUUUAAUAAAUAUAAUAUCAUAGCACGAUGAAAAAUACGUGUUGCGAAAACAAUGACUACUAGUUAUACAGUAGAUACCUGUAUACAAUAUAUACAAUAUAGGCACGUACCUACUCCUCAUUAUAACAUUAUAGUAUUGUUGAAAUUACGAUAAAAAAAAAAAAAAAGAAGAAAAUCAUAACACGGAAAUGUAUUUCAGGAUGCUGCGCGAUUUUUUUGUACGUACAUUUUUAAAAAAUUUAUAUAAAUCAAUGUUUUUGUAAACCGUAGUGCGGAGCGCACAGAAGUAUAAUACACCUAUACACACUGAAGUACAUUUUUUUUCAUUUUUCCUAUGGUCGCGUAUGAAUGCGCUGCAGACUCCACUCGCAUUAUACACAUUACAGUAUACGCGGUAUAGGUACGUUAUUUUUUUUUUCAUUUUCGAUUCGAGCAACAAAAAUAACACAGGGAUAAUUUAUUAAUUCUCAAACCUUUUCUGCGAUAUUUUUGUACCGCGUACUCGACACUCGUGUCAUUUAAUAAUAAAUUCACGUAAAAUCGUAUCUAUUUUGUACAUACUACACACGCAGUGUUAUGUUUAAUAUACGGAUUUUACGUCACCAAUAAUGUAAUUAAUGAAUAAUAAUAUUUAGUUUUGAAACAUUAAGUGAAAAUAAUAAUAAACUUUUAUAAACGACCAAUUAUCAAAUUUGCAUUUGAAAUUAAAAAAAAAAAAAAAACUGAGCAGUUGAAAAUAUUGAAAAUUUAAAAUUGUUGUCGGACGAUACUUUUCCCAAGAUCUCACGUGUAAUGGAUUUCAUUCUCCGGCCGGUUUUAAGUUUUAUAUCGCUGGGAAAUACCGGUCAACAUACUGGUUUUUCAAUUGUUCGAACGUAAUACGGAUGCUUACGGCAAGCCAUGUGAUUUCCGAUUUUCACUAAGAAACUAUAACGGAAUAAUAGAAUUAUGGUAUUGACGUGAUAUUUUGCUAGGUCUCACACGGAAACCGCACGACGGAAUUGGGGAACUUCUCCUGGAACCACGGAAUAAAAAUUACAAAUUAGAUUAUUAGGUUGGGGUCAACGCAAAACGAUAUCGCAGACUAUCGGUUGGCCCAAACUUGAUAUUGCAUCUCUAAGGAAGUUAGUCUUCAGUAGUAAUGAUCACAGCUGAACGGAUUAUUCGAUAAUUUAUCGCUAUCGAACUAUUCGAUGUAUUAAAAACUAUUCGAGCACUUCAACUAUUCGGUUAUGGUAGAACUGUUUUUUCGAAAAACCCGAUAGUUUCCCGGAAUAAAACUAUUAGAUGUUGGAAAAAAAUAUACGAAUGUUCCAUUCAUUUUUAUUCUGAUUUUUUUGUAUUUCGAUAGUUUGUCCGACAUCUAAACUAUCGAACAUUUUAGACUGUAUAAACUUUUCGGUAAUGUCUAUCACUAAUGUGAAACUACUUAGACCGGGUGUAUUAAAGAAACCACGACGGGUUUGACUAACGAAAGUUGAACGGGAAAUCCACGCCAUGCAAGUUACAAGAAUCGCUUCUAGGUUUGGCCGUUAGAAGGCGUGACCGAUCGAGUUUUCAUUAUCUUUGGGACAAGCGUGCGGUCCCCUCACAUCAGAAAUUUUAUUAAGAAUUUAUCGUUUCGAAUAUAUAAAAUAUACUGGUGUAUUUUCAAUGUAGUUGCGUUGUGAACGUUUAGUUGGGUAUUUGAAUUAAAAUAUUCAAUUGGGGUGGACCGCGGACGGAAUCAAUAAAUCAAAGAAACGUCUGCGACACCGCGUAAAUUUCAUUUUCCUUUUUAAUCGACCUUCGUUGAUUUAGAUCUUUUUUUUUUUAUAGCUAUUUCAAAUAUUAAUGUUUGAAAAAAAAAAUAUUCGAUACGACGGCGUUCGAUUUUCAAGAAUUUUCGUUUUCGAUGGCUAUUCACGUGUGUUAUGUGCAGCGUAACGAGACAAAUCCGAUUAUUAUCUGAAGUUACAGCGUGAUUAAACGAAGUUUUAGAUGUACGUCUGAUCGGAAAACCAAAUAGUUCUAAGCCAUUCAGGUUAUAAACAACUGUCAUUGUCUCGAAGAACCGAUAAAUAUAAAAUCAAACGGAGCCUUUUUACCCUGGUCUAAUGUAGCGAAAUACAUUUUGAAAUGGAAUUGGGUAUAAUAUUUUUAAAACAUUAUAUUUUCGUCUCCUGAAAAGGCUUGAUAAAUGUGGCUGCCCGAAUAUUGCACAAAACUUUCCAAUUGUCCGAUAACGCAAUCUAUGUGAUUCUGAUGGAUGUUCACUCGUCCCUACACUCAUCAUAUUCAGCUACUUGGAAGUAUUGUCUUCUAUGGUCUGUUUUAUAAAUGUACUUCAUGGUCUACUUUUUCCGGCUUUUUCCUCUAUACCUCCUUCCAUUCUUAUCAUCAUCCGUUCAUUGUUUACCCUAUCAUUUGUCUUAUCCACAUUUCCCUUUUUCCCUUUUUUUGUCUCUUUUCCCCGAUUGUAGAUUUCCAUUAUAAUUUUUUUUCAUUAUUUCUAAAGUAUUAUAAUCUGAAAGAAUUUUAGCGUUCUUCUCCAGCACUAUGUUUUAAAUGCAUCGAUCCCUAAUGUUUCGGGAUCUAAAACCGGCCGUUUUCGAUACUCGUAUCAUUACGAUUCUACCCCAAAAGUAAUACAUUCCAUACGAAUUUCACUGGGUACGUGUUUACAUGAUCUUUCGACCAUCCGUGUUUUCCAAUAAUAGGUUUUUCUUUUCGUAGAAUGUUUGCAGUUUUACCUGCGCUAUUCUGCUCUUUUUGUCGUUCGCAUUUUUCAACAUACGUUUUUUUCUUUAUAAAUACGUAAAACAUUGAUGUGUUUCCAGUUUUGUAAAUCUAUAGUAGUAUAUCGUUGAAGUUUACUCGCUAUAUUUGGAUACCACGGCUAACCUAUUCGUCAUUUCGAUAAGAGUUGCGACGAUGGCAAACUGUCAACAAACUAAAAAAAAAAAAAACCUCGUAACAUCGCUCCGUCCGAAUACGUGAGUAGAGACCGCGAACUUGUUAAGUUGAUUACUUUGUACUGGUAAGUACUUUUAUAAUAUUUCGUUUUCCGUUCCGAAAGUUUCAGAUCAUAAAGAACGCGGUUUAAAAUUUAGUGGUCAAAAAUACCAUUUCCAAUUACAUUUCACAACGCUAUAUUUUUUUUUUUUUUUAAGGUCACGGUUAUACAUAUAAUAUUAUUAAAUUUUACAAUUUUUUGAUAUUUUCGUUAAUUUUUAUCGACCUGCCACUGCAUUUGUUAUACAUAAUAUUAUUCCUAUAGUUUUAUUUAUUUUAAAUUUAUUUGCGUUUCAAUCAGUCGUAAUUAUAUCAAUAUACUUUGAUUUGGCUAUUCAAAAUUUUUUUUUUUUUCAACAUAAACAAUAACUUUUUUUAGAUAAUCUUAUCCAAAACUCGAGAAUCUAAAUAUAGUGCUUAUAUAUAUACGUUCAAAUAUGUCAACAUUUUUUAAAAAAAAUUUUUUUCCAUCAGCUUUUAUGAGAUCUUUGCUACCUCAACCGCUUGUCUCCAUAUAAUUCUAUCUUCACCGUCUUCUAAUAUUGUGCCUUGGGGAAUUUUUCAAGAUUUGAUAUUAUCUUGUACAUCCAGCUUUACGGUGAUCCCUACAACUUUGCAUUCAGUUUCCCAGUAAGUAUGGUGUUUCUAUACCUCCAGAUCUCCAAUUAUGACCAUUCUAUUAUUUUGCUUUUAAGAAACGCACUAAUGAUGUACUUAUAGAAUAGUUGGUAUACUUUCUGGUUAGUUCGUUUUCUAUAUUCUCCAUUAUCAACUAUAAGUUUGUAUCAUUCGACAAAUUACUCUCCUUUCAAAUAAUUUCAUAUUUUCCAUAUUUACUGAACAGGUUUCACAUCCAUAUGUCAGACCUGGACGAAAAAAGCUGGAAUAUAAGUGUUUCUUUAAUCUCAUGGAUAGAGUUUCGAUUUAAGCAACUAUCCUAUCUCAAAGUAACUCUUAUUUUCUGAUGCAAUCCUCAAUUUGAUUUCGCUAUGUAUACAGUUCUGGUGAUAUUAGUUUCUAGGUAACUGAAAUCCGUAACCAGCUGCUGGAUAUAUACCCAUCAACUUGAAAAUCAGCUGCGUCUCUAACUUCUCUUUAUUACACAAGGUAUUUUGUUUUUUUCUUGAUUAGCUCUGAAAUCUAUCGUUCUAACCGCUAAAAGUAAGUCGGCAGUUCUUAUUUCCACAUCUUCUCGAGAGCGAACUAUUACGACAAUAUUAUAUCAAUUUUUAUUUUAUAAUAUUUAAUUUUUCUUUUGGAUAUUGUUGGAAACGUAGAAAUAUUAAAUAAAAAGACUGUUCCUCUUUAGUUCUCUGCCCUGUGCCCAUUACGACAGUCACUCAAUACGUGAUAAGCAAAACGGUUAUUAUGAAAAAAAAGUUUUCUUGUAUUUUCCAUGAAAAUUAUUAAAUCAUCACUACCAAAUUCCUGUUUAUUAUAGUUUAGGUGAUAUUUGUGGUAUUAUCUAUGGUGUUAUUUAUGACAGAUUUAUGUAGAUUUCGUGUUUUUCAUAGAUAAGGCGAUAAACAUUUUUUUUUUGCUUUAUUCCCAUAAUACCGGUUUUUGCUAAUCAGUUGUUGUCCGAGUGAAUUUUUCUCAAGGCGUGGUCCAUAUUUGUACGAUUGAGACGUUGGGUUCGGACACAAUAUUUUGUGCUUAACCGUUCCACUCCUAAAAUGUCAUAAUACUAUAAUUUCAUGUUACGGUUCUUGCGGAUUAUCGCUUCGCCAUUUGACUUUACUACUUUAAAACGUGACAUACCCAGCGUAGCAUUUUUCUUUUACCUCUCAUUAUUUAUUUCCCAUGUAGUUUUCCAAUGACUUAAUGAUUUAGCUUUUCACUUAGGACACAAUUACUUUCUUUGAGCAGUAUCUUAGAUUCAGACGUGGUAGAUUAUUAUUUUCAACCAUAGUAAUUAUUACUGCAGGUCUUUAUGAUACUAUGAUUAUAUAACUCCUUAUAAUUUUACUGAAAACUGGGUACUGCACCCGAUAUAAUGUUGUAUAUAAUAAAAAUAUGGACGGACAAUGCUAUAUUGUUCUCAUGUGUGAUCGGUAACAACUGUAAUUAUCAAUACGGUAACAGUGGUUUCCGAAUCAUGUUUAUUAAAUAAUCACAGUUUGACUUGAGUCACUGAAAUUUUUAAAUGGUUAUAGAUAAGAAUUUUUAUUAUUAAAUAACCAGAAACUCUAGUUAAACCGCUAUACUAAUGUCCUGCUCGUAGAUUAUUAAUUUUUAAUAAAACAUCUACAACAUUAACAAUAUUCUUAACAAAUAAUUCAAUUAAACUUAAUUUUUAACCUUAUAGAUAUUUUUUCAUUACGGCACAAGUAUUAAUUAAAUAAUUAGAUAAAAACAUAUGGAAUUUGAACUUUAAACUGAAUCCAAUACUACAAUAUUAGUUAGUAUUGUAACUUUAUUGCGCCGAACUAAUAGAUGAAUAUUUUAUAAAUAUAAAUUAUAUAUAUAUAUGUACUUUUUAAUAUUUCAUCUGUAAAAAUGUUAAGUUAAAUAAUUUAUCUUCAUAAGAAGGGCCGUGAAUUUAAUGCACUCAGAAAGUGUAGAAUAUGCAUGCAUUUAUGCAUUAAGAACAGACAAACUAUGUUUUAAAUUAUGCACUAUCUAAAAUAAUAAUACCGAUUUUAUCAAAUAAUAAAAAAAAAAAAAAAAAUGAAAUUUUUAAAUAAAAACGACUUACAUAGAAAAAUUCUUUAUUUAUAUACAUAAUUUUUAGCGGUGCUUUAACGUCUGAAAAAAAAUAAAUAUUGGACACGAUAUAUUGUGUACCGUUUGAGCUGUGGGUUUUUAAAGUAUUCAAUUCAACGACUGUGUAAUCAAGUUUUAAUUAAAAUACGUAUCUAUUUAUUUUUCUAAUAAAAUCAUAAAAGAUAACGGAUUUAUUUAGUAAAUCGGCGAAUCGGCCGCGACUGGGGCGUGGAUUGGACGCGCGGAGGCGCACGUAACGGGUGCCACGGAUAAUCGUCGAGAAAGUCACGAAGAAGACGCACAACAAAUAUCGGAAAGUCAAACUAAAAGAAUCAUUCGAUAUAGAAGAUUGAGCUGAACCCAAUUAUUACCUCAAAAUAUAUCUGAAACGGAGAUAGUCUAUCCGUUUAAUACGUAUUUGUAAUUCGAUAAACCGAGUAAAUAUACCGAAUCCAAUCGGAAAACGAAAAUGGUCGGCACCUAAUUAAAACCUUUAUCAAGCAAAACAGAUUUAAGACAAUACCUAUAUUUCGGGAUAAAGUUUAAAUGGGUUUGAAUUUAUUAGAACCCAAUACAAAAUGGAUUUCUAUUGAAAUGUGCAAAACAUUCAUUUCAAAUGUACACGAAUUUCAAUGAAAUAUAACACUUGGUAUUUUAGGAAAUCAAGAUAAAGAUUUCAUUUUUCAAAAGUUAGAAAAUUUACUAACUUAUAGCUUUGCAUGGCUGAGCACCAUUUUGUCGUAACGUAUAAUACAAAACCGUACUAUUAUACACGUUCUAUAUCAAAACAUCGAAAUAAAGAUUUUUGUUUUGUUGUUUUGGUAUCAUUCAGCCGCGACGUAUUUUCGGUGUCCACACGUAUAAUAGUGCGGUAAAUGAAAAUUUCGGGGCUUAAUAUAGGUGGUGAGGCCUAUUGUUAGUGAGGCCCGCCACUGACGGUAAAUGGAAAAUUCGGGCUUGUAAACAUCGGUCCUAUAUGUAUAGGUACAUUUCUCAUCGGCUGAAAUACACCGAAGAGAACUUGGUAACUAACGGUGUUUUGAGAUGGUCGCGGGGGAGUGGCGAUUUUGGCGGGAUUGGGUACGCGGUUUAAGGUUGUAGAGGGUGAGGGUUUUUUUUCGGCCGAAUCGGAAUUUAAAUUACUAGAGGUGGUAUUCAGGGAGGAGGAUUUGCGAGAGGUUUCGAUUUUAGGAGGUCGUAUGUGGAGAUGAAUUUGUUUCGAAUUUCUGAGGGCCGUCAACGAGUUAGCCACCGUUACGGUUCCGGAACUCAUACUCAGCUGUAUUGCGUUUUGACGGAAAUAUUAACGAUUGUGUGCGAAAAAUAACUAUUUUCUGUUUCACAGUCGUGUUUGUUAUUCGUCGGACUGUACAUUUCGGUAGGCGAAUACUAUAAUAACAGCACGGUUGUUGUUGGUUAGUAAGGAAAAUAAUGUUGGUCGUCUAUUUUUUGUUUUGUUUCGGCUACCCCACGCCGCGGUUCCGAUCGUCAUUAGCAGUGGUGUGUCCGGAGGGAACGUGACAAAAAAAAAAAAAGAAUAUUGUAAAAUCGUCAAAUCUGCGUGACUUGACUACGGGAGUUAUUCGUAAUUUAAAAGCCGUAUCUUAAAAAGAAAAAAAAACAAUUUUUAAUCAAUACAUCAAGCUUUUACUCGUGACUUGGCUAACAUAUAUGUGUUUCGCUAUUAAAUUGCUUAUAAUAUAUUUUUUUUUCAUUUUUUUAUGCUAUUGGGUAGGGAUAUAAGCCCUAAUCUCAGCCCCUACUCGCGUAAUAUAUAUAUAUACGUUACUUAAUAUAUAAAAUAUUUUUUUUUAAAACAACUUUCAGAGGACAUACUGUGUAGACGUAACUACUAAUGGUGCGGCAUCGAUGACGGGUAAACAUAUUUUUUCAGGUACGACGUAUAUAAAAAGUAGCUCUACAUACUGAAUGGACGUAUUGUGUGCUUCACAGAAUAGCACUUGGGUCAAAAAAAAAAAAAUGUCUAUUGAAUUAAAUGACGUUCUUAAUGUAGCUGUUAUAAUUAUUAAAUUUAUUAAAUCUGCAGGAUUAAAUAGCAGAUUGUUUUAUAAGAGAUGAAGAUAAUGAACAAAAUGUUAACAAAUUUGGGCACCACUGCCCUAUCCUAUUACUAACCUAUCCAAAAAUAUGCAAAAUAAGAUUUCAUACAUUAACUAUAGAUAAACAAAAUUCUAGCUAAAUCUAUUUUCUUAUAAGAUGCAAUAAAAAAAAAAAAAAAAACAUGCUCAUGCAUUAAAUUCACAGCCCUGUUCAUAAGUUAUGAGUCAUAACUCAUAACCCAUUACUUAUUACUGUCUAUGUGUGUAGUGUACUAGUUCAUAUUUUAAAGAUUUAACAGUGACACUAGAGUUCGCUAGCGUAGUAAAAAUCAAUAUAUCACUUUGAAUCACAUUUUUUUUUUUUCAAGUUAUGUCACGAUAUUCCUUUUCUUAAUGUAAUGUGUACGACGUAAUAAUCCGCAUCAUUAGCGAACGUCUCGAAGUGCAUUAAAUGUAUUAUUAUUAUUUUGUAAUCUUAUGCUAAACCAUACGUUACAGUAGAGUAUUUCAUUAUUUCAAAAUAGCUACGUUUAGAUGUACUCAGUAAGCCAAUGCGUCUUUUGUUAGUUUAAGUAGAACAAAAAAAAAGUAAUUCAUAAAACUAAUGAGAGUGUCGUCUGUAUGUGUAUAUGUGUACGUUAGCGUAGGUCGCUAAUGGUAUUGAAAAGCUUUUUACCGGCUCAUUGUUUCCAAAGAUCAUCAGUAACAAAAAUCCGGUGGGAAAAACUAACGUUUUUAAUUAAAAACUUUCUCGUCGGAAUUACGGAAAACACUUUUGCACGAAAUUUCGACAUCACCUGUCCAUAGACCGCACCUGGUCCACGACGUCACAUUAAAUUAUAUUGGUUUCGAUCAAUUAUGUAACUUUGGAUCGUUGUCGUGGCGAAAUUCUACUCGGGGGAGUUUCGUCCAUUAUAGGUAAUGGUAUAUAACAAUAAAAAAUAUAUCGAUUGGAUUUUUUUUAAAAGUAUUUCGGCGUUAAUUUGAUACCUACGCGAUUAAUCACGGCCGCGCGUGACAACGGCUACUGCAAACAGUGCAGGCCUCUUUGGCCAGCUACACUGUAUUUUUCUUGUGGAAACAAGUCUUUUUUGUGAGGAUGUUAUCCAGACACAGAAAAAAGUUCAUCUGAUACUCAAUAGAAUAAGAUUUUUAUAAUUUUGUGUUUACUGCAAAAUUAAUAGUAAAUUAUUGAAUUUGUAGAUUUUGUAACUUUAUUUUUUGUUAUUUUGCGUAGUAAAUGCUUUUAUUGGUGUGGAAUUGGUAAACGAGGGAAAUCUACUAGUUAAGGAAGAAGAUUUGGUCUAUCUGGUCGUGGAGCUUAUUUUAAAGGAGGAAGAGUGGACGUACAGUUGAUAUUCGCUAAAGAAAUUCCUGCGCUUUAAGGACGCAAUUAUUAUAACAUAGUGACUAGAACGGAUGCAAAAUAUAUGCAAUAAUUAUUAAAUUACCGCAAUUUACUAUCGCUCGGGUUAUCCUAAAAUGUGAGGUUUCGGAAGAAGGGAGAGGUCCUCAGAAGCGUUAUGACCACGACCUCGGUAUAAAUUCUAUAACAUAUGUUCACGUUGCAGAUUUGGCGGACCUGCAGGUGGACGUUGACGAACUGUCCAAGUCAGCUUAUCUAGAGGACAGACAGAUGUAUUUUUUGCAGUGUGCCAUGGAGGAAAACUGUUUGGCGUCGUCUGCGUACCGGAUCCGGCAAGAAGAGCCUGACUGGCACCUGAUCACCCGGAGACUGUUGAGGUUUACCGCGAAAAUUACCAACGUCGGUACCGCUCCUUUCCGGCCGGCCAUACCCAAACAUCUGUGGCAGUUCCACCAGUGUCACAUGUAACGUAUAUUGUCAAAAUAUAUUCAUUUUUAUAUUAAAACACAUUGUAAUGAAAGGUAAUCCCAGUCUUAAGAUGUAAAGCCUCUGUGUUCUCCAAGCAAAUAUUUCUUCUUCUUUAGGGUAUAUAAUGGUCUUUAGUUUUAUUUCUUCAUAUCACUUGGCCACAUAUUCUCAUUUCGUUUUUUUGUCGUCUGAAAAAAGACAAAAUUUUCUCUGUCAAGUUAAUUUAUAGCACAGUAUGAAAUAAUGCAUCUGGCUUCCCCGGACAAUCAAAAUGUACUCCUCCAUCUAUUUCUGACCUCAGUUACCUCUCUCUAUUGAACUCCAGAUUCUACCACUCCUAUUUUAUAUAUUAUGCAUCACCGAAAACGAAAUCAUCCCAUGUUCAAUGAGGACUUCUUUAUAUUGUUAUAGUGGCCGCUUCAUUAUAUUGCGUUGUAUUCCAAUACAUUCGUUAUUAUUGAACCCAGCUUUUCCCACGACCUGCCAAUUUCGAUCGUCGUUCAAUAAUAAAAUGCAUUAACUUGUAAUAUAUGUCAAAACCGCGAAUUUCGUCUCCUGCAGUGCGCCUAUCGAGACUGAAAAAUUGUCGAGAAUCAGUAAAGCGAAUCGAUCGCCACUGUCGUGGCGACGAAUGCGUACGUACGUUUGAUCGUAUGGACUAUAAUAACAAUAAUAAUGUACCUAUGUCGUACCUACAUCAUCGGUUCGUUAAAAAAAAAAAAAAAACCCCGGUCCCUUUGAACUUUCGCCGGCCGUUGUCGUUCGCGUAGUCGACGAUACAUAAUAAUAACGUUCGGUAGUAUACGUUUUUGACCGGACUAGAAUAAACGAAGCGAUAAUAGGGUACGCUGUUGAUUUAAAACUUGCGGACGUGACUUUUCAUCGGUAUACUCGAUUCGCUCCGUAUAACGAACGCGCUCCCCUCGUUCCCGGAAAUAUUGUCCGUAUGCAAAUUUAUUUAUUUUUUUUUUUUUUUGUUUUGGACCAUAAAUAUAUGUAUUAUUAUCGAUAAUGUUUUAUAUAGGUAUCGUGCGUUUAGUAUCGCUAUUCCACACAAUGCUUGCCAGGCAAAUUGUCGACUUUUAUUUUUUAAUUAUAGUUUAAGUCAAUAAGUCGUUUAAAAAAACAAUAAUAAUUAUACUAAAAUAAUAACUGUAGGCUAAGUAAAUAAAGUUUUAAUUUUGAAAUAUAAAUAAAUCAAUGUACAACUGAGUUGAAUUAUACUCAUUUCAGGAAAAUGAUAACUCGAGUAAUGCUAAUGUUAUAAAUUCAUUUUUUUAAAUUCCCUUCGACUUCGUGGUUUUCUUAAACAAAAACGUUAUAGAAAUAACUAAUUUAAUUAAAAAUAUUUAAAUGUUUUUUAAACGAGUUUAUUUCGUAUGUUAAUUUUUUUUUUUUUAUAAAGUAACUUAUAGUUUAACUUUUAACAUUUGAACUAUAGUUUUUGUCCAGUGUUUAUUUUACCUGAAAUAUAUGUGUGUAGCAUCCGUGAAACUUCAAGUUUCAAAACUCUAUAGCUAGAAACUGGUGUAAAAUCCAAAUCUGACGUUAGGUGAAUGCAGAUUACAGUGAGUUAGAUUUACCCGACGUAAUAUUCGUAUGUUAGCCCAGGCAAAUGUGACGUCGGGCGAAUGUGUCUCCAAUGGUCUUUAUUAAAUUAAUUUUUAUUUGUAUGUGUGUUUUAAAUUAUUUAUAACUAAUUUAUUUAAUAUUUCCUUAAUUAUUAAUUAAACCAUUUUUAUUAUUUAUUGGAAUACUGAAUACUUUUUAUUCAAAAUAGAGGUAUUUUGUUCUAUUAAUUUAUAAGCACUGUAAAUUGAUAUUUUUAGCAAUAAUAAUGUAAACUGGAUUCAUUUUUAUUAUUGCAUUUUAAAAUUGUAAAUCGCAUUAAUUUUUUGGUGCCUUGGGUAUUGAUUGUAAUCUCUCACGCAGUUAACCUGUGUUUCUGAUUGCAAGCAUCUAAAUGAUAGUAAGAUACUUGCCGAUGAAAUUAUGAACUUACAACCACGCGGGGUCGGUUAAAGUCUUAUGGAAAUACAUGUUUGAUAGAGUACAAUGGGUAGUCCACUGUUAUGCAUGGCCUUUUUUUUAAAAUUAUAAAUGAAAUGAUGUCCGAUAAUAUAGGGCUCAAACUCGCAGGAUAGGUGCAAAACUCGUGAACAUAUCUUGGUUUUAUGUUUCGCAAUACGGGUAGGAUUAGGAUUGUUGUAGGUUAGAAGUUGAGAAUAACAUAAUAUGUGUUAUAUCAUGCUAAAUUGGUUCUUAUCUAUAUAUCUACGUAAAUAACAUUUUUUGUUUAUAAAUUUAUCAAUUCAGGUUUUUAACGACUAUGGAAAUUGAUUACUACGAUUUUUGAUUAAUGAAAACCACUACGAAUAUAAAUUAUGUACAUAAGUAUCAUUAUACACUUGUUAGCUAUUAAUUAUGUUAUAGUAAACUAAUUAGGCCCAUUUACUCACACAAAUGCGCAUUAGUUUUCAACGUCGUUGAAUUCGCAAUAAAUAUUAUCGUGUGUAAAAUCCCAGAAAUUCCUAAUUAAAAUAGGGUAGUCUCUUAUGGCAAUCAUCUACGAAAUUGGAUUAUCCAGUAAAUGUCUGUCCGCAAAUCUUAGGAAUGUCCGUGUAUUGUCUGUAGUUAAUUUUAUUUCUUAAAAAAUACCGAUAAAGCCAUUUUGUAAAAUAUAUUAUUCUAUACAGUUAUUAUAAUACAUCAUACACUCAUAUCCGAUCAAUAGUUUCUUAGUAAUAGCCGUUUGAACUUCCAGAAAAUAUGCGUGAAAACGAUUAUUAUAAACAACCGUGUUUCGAUUGUGAUUCCUUAAAAAAAAAAAAAAAAUAAAUAUUGACAGAGUUAUUAGCGUACGGAUAACACUGACUGACACAUCUUGUACACUGUAAUAUUGAAUUAUGCUAUCAAUUAAAACUAUGGUAGGUAAUCGGAGUGAAUUGAUUUAUUAUGAAAAAAUCGAUAGCUAUAAGAAUAUAAUAAUGUCAAUGUAAAUAAUUUAUAUUCGUAGUGGUUUUCGUAGUUAAUCAAUAGCCGUAGGUACUAAUAUUCAGUAAUGGAAAAUGUUCGUCAGGUUUGUUCCAAUGAACAAUAAAAACGGCAUAAUCAAUAAGCAAGAAAAUAUAAAAUAAAUUGGAAAUAAAUAAUUUGAACCGUGCGCGUAAAUAAGAAUUGAUUCAAUCGCCGAGGAAUAGCAUUCGCCCGACGUCAGAUUCGCCUAGCACACCGGGUUCUUUUUCGCUCGAUUUCCAUCGCGCAGAUAAAACCGACUCGACGGCGUCGAUGAUUUUAUUGAGUUAACGGUCGGACUUUUUGAACUAAACGUUCAAAAAAACCACCGUUGCGACUGUUACGUCGGACGAGACGACGGGCGGACGGCAGUUUCCUUGUGUUGUCCGCACACCGUGAUCGCAUGCAGAAAACGUCAAAGGCGCGUCGUUUAUAACGCCGUGCCGCAUAUCGACGCAGGGCGAGAAAUCAUCUGGACGGAACCGUAAGGAGUAGGUACGAAAUGCGGAGGGAUUUAGAUAAAACAGACCGGAAACCCUCCCCCCCCUCCCCCUCGGCUACAACAGUAGUCGCCGAUCGUAUCGGUUUUAAUCGAUUUUUUCGCUACUGAAUUGUUCCAAAAUGCACGUGAAAAUGCCGUUGAAAGUGUAUGUAUACGUAUAUAUAUAUAUAUAUAUGUGUGUGUGUGUGUGUGUGUAUACUCGAAUCGAUCGACGGCUACGGUGAAUACGGCAAUCGCUAAAACUUUAUUUCGCACCGUUCCCAGGCAGACGCCGGAACGUAAUAUAUUAUUUCUCGUUCGGCGAUGGCGAAACGCGAUAUACGAGACUACACCCAUAAUUUUUUUACCGGGCUGUCGAUCUCUUCCAGUGACGUUCACGUCGACGUUUCAGAUAGAAUUUCGUUCGUAAAAAUAACGUCCGUCCGUUAGGCAUGUUUUCCUUAAACUAUAUUAGCAGACAUGCGUAAUAGUCUCCCUGUAGCCAAAAUGUACAUUAAUAGAACGAAAUGUCUGUCUGUCCAGAGCGCCAGAUUUAGCCCUAUAGCUAUUGCUUAUAGGGACGCUAUGACUUCAGGCGGCUAGUUGUUAGAAAUAUUUUUGAACAUAAAUUUCGAUGUUAAAAUGUAAUAUUUAUAUUUAUAAACGAGUUGUUGGACAUUGUAAAAUUAUAAGAAAAAAGUCCGGGGUUAGCCGAAUAUCAUUCAGGCGUUCGUUAAGUAAACGAGCGAUAAAAAUAUACAUUGUAUUAUGUAUGAUAAAAUUAUUACAAAUUUAUAAAAUAUUCAACACGCUCCCUGGAGAAAAGAAUCAGAAUACUCACACUGUACUUAUACCUGUCGUAAGAGGUAGCAAAUGUUUUAUUUAAUUUAAUUUAAUUUAAAUUUAUUUAUUUAUUUUAUUUUAAAUUUAUCAAAUUUUAUACGUAAUAUUUAUUCGGUAGUAUCUGUGUAGUUAAGUUGUUAGACUAAAAAGAAAUGCCUGAAAAUUUAACAGGAGGUUCAUUAAAAGUCUUAAUUUGCGGUGAAAAAAAUAAUAGUUAUUAUUGAUUUAUUUAUUCUUAUAGUGAAGGAAUUUAGCGAUGUUACCUAUUAUAGUAAAGGUUUCGUUUUUGGCUACAAAACCCUAAAAGCGAUUAACAAAAAUGUAAUCUACUAUGACAAAUUAUUCUAUGGCGAAAUUUCCGAUGAAAUUGAAGAAAAAAUAUUAAUAAAAUCGGGAUGGUUCUAUUUAUAUCAACGAUGGAAAGGAAAAAGAGCAUAAACAAUAUUUUAAUGAAAAUCGGUUUUUUACAUAAAGGCGUAAGCGACGUAAUUUUACAUAGAUUAUGAUCAUCCGAUUAUCGGUAUUUUAGUUGUUGACGGAGUUAUAAUAAAAUAAUCUAUAUUUGAAUGGCGUAAGUGCCAUCUAUCAAAUUAAGGCGUAAGUGUUAAAUAACGGGAGUAAGCGACACAAAAUUAAAAAUAGGGCGUAACCACCAAAAUUCAGGUUAAGCGCCAUACUUCCAUAAUCCUAAAAAAUGUUUGGCGUAAGCAUCAAAAAAUUAUACGAAUUAACAAUUUAGGUAAAAAAAAAAAAUAACGAAUACUACUUAAUAUGAUGCCAAUUUAAUUACAAUAUUAAUAACUAAAAAAAUUGUUCAUGCGAAAAUUAAACAAAAUUAUUUUAAACGGCUUCAAAAUAAUAAAAAAAAAAAAAAAUCGUUUUUUUGGCUCUCUUGUAAAAUUGAUAAAAUGUCCCUUACGCCCUUUUUCCUUUCAAACGUAGUAUAAUGUUUCUAUAGUAAUUAUUCUCAGCACUCAACACUAACCCUCUCCCUCCAACUGCACCAUAUGCGUUUAAGCGAUAAAAAGUUUUAAUAUUAUUUUUUUAAAUUGCUUAGGUACCUCUAUUGCAAAGCACAACUAUUAUAAUUAUACUUUUAACACUUUUUACAUCCGUGCGCGAAGACUAUAAAUUAGAAAAAAAAAAAAAUUGAAAUUAAACCUAUUUCGUUAGCAUGCGGACGUUUCUGUGAGAGAAAAAACCGUGAAUUGCACGAGCAGGUACGCGGUAAUCGAACAAAUACGAAUGUAUUGUGGAAUUUAUUUUAAGCUUUAAUUAGCUACUUUAUAAUAUUUUUCGUUUUAUGUAAAGGUUAUUAUUUUUAAUUGGCACAUUUGGUCUCGUGUCCGUUUUUUUAUUUCAAACUUGUGGAAAUAUUGCCGUUUUGACCGCUAAAACGAUGCGAUUAGAUAUUAUUGUAAUGAAUUAGAAUUCCGUGGCUUGGUGCAAGAAGUGCUAAUGUUAACAAUUGUUUAAGAAACGUUUUACAUUAAAAUUAUAUAAAAAACGGUACAUUUUUGAAAAUAAAUGAAUAUGUUUAGUUUCCAGUUUUAAUUUUCAAUUUAUUUAUUUUCAAUUUGUGUACGUUGGUUCUUUAUAUAAUCAUAGAAUUAUACUGUCUUGAUAAACAAAUAUAUUGUGAAUGACUAUUUUUUUUUUACGAAUGUCUUCCAGAUGUAAAAAAAAAUUUCAUUUAAAAUGUCUCGAACCAAAUCGUGGUGGCCUUGAUCUCUAUCUACUUUAAAAAUUAUAGCCCAGAAACUAUAUUCGACAAAACCCUACCUUACUUCUCAUUAACAGCAUUGCGAAACCGUCUUUUAACUGUAACAGGCACGUAACCGUGGAGGUCAGGCAUCCUUAAACAAAUCAUCGGUAUUUAACUGACGUAAGGUUUUUCUGACGUAAAAAAAAUUCAACAACUUUAAUAUUGUCUCAAGAAACCGGAAUUACAAUAUAAUGUGUUAUAACUUGACUACAACUGAAAAUGUAUAAAUUGUGAAUACGCUUUGCAAUUGAAGGUUUUACAAACGUCAAUUCAUUAUUCUUACGUUAACUCACGGAAAAUUUAUGGAAGGCGAUGUUGCAAUCACCCUUUGGUUAUUUUUUUAAAACAGAUUAAUUUUUAUCAGGUUGUUUAAAACCAUGGUGCUUAUAUUGUGUUUAAAACUACCUAUAGUUUAGUACUGUAGUCAGCAGACAUGCUUGAAGAUAAUACGUUUGACUGUAGAAACAUUGAAUUGGUAAUGUAAUUAUAGUAGAGGUGUUGUUGACGUUUGACCGCUAUCACUUAAUGUAAUUGAAAACUAUGUGAUGAUGCCUAAUCGCGUGUAAAUUUUACUGUACACAGGCACUAUCAUAGCAUGGAAGUGUUCGCCACAUUCGACGUGCUGGAUAGCAGUGGGGCGAGAGUUGCCGAGGGUCACAAGGCGUCCUUUUGCCUCGAGGACAACCAGUGCACGGGCGGCGCGAGACCGGCUUUUGCGUGUGCCGAGUACGGUGACCAGGGCAUAUCGGUCAACUGUUCGGACAUUUACCGGCACAACAUCGACUGCCAGUGGGUAGACAUCACCGACCUGAACCCGGGACUGUACACACUGAAAGUAUAAACUUUUUCUACCUAUUGGUCCGUUGAACGACCGCGUAUAAAUAGUAGGUUGAGGGAAUUUCUGUUGUUGAAAAUAAAAACCGAAAGAAUACGAGCGGCCAGAGCUCUGUCACUAAACUAAAAUUUCUCUACAGCUAACUUGUUACAGUAGUGAUAUCUUAUGACUUUAAUUUUUUUUAUAACGAUAAGGAGUUGAACGAAAAAGUUGUAUCGAAUUAGAUAAAGUAGUUCUCGAGAUCGGUUAUUAGUAAACUUGUUAAUCAAUAAAAAUCCAAUUUCAAUAUUAAAAUCUAUCACAUCCAACAGUUUUGUCGUGUUCUUCGUCGGAAACGUUAUAUUCGUCCGUAAAAACGGUCCUAUAACUUCCCCUUAAAUGGCUUUCGGACAAUAAGUUAGUGGAAAAGUCUUAUCAUUAAGAAAAUCGUAAAAAUUUCAAAAUACAUUUACAAAUUUAUAACAAAAUUGGUGACCUUUUUGGAAAACAAAGACUAUAAAUCCCUUAAUGUGGCGCUUUGCAAACUCCAAUAUUUUGUACGUGGUUUUUUUUUCACAAAUGCUCAAUUUUUCUAAGUACAAAUAUUAUAGUUAUGUUACUAAAUGUUUGAAGUUUUUUUUUUUUUAACUUUCGCCCAUUAGACAAUUUGUGAAGAAAAUUUACUUUUAAAAUAUAUACUCGAUCAGGUUAGGUAGAAAAGUUUCACGAACGCAAUUUUUCUAUACAACCACAAACUUCUGUGUAGAAUUUCACUUUUUUUAUGGUUUCAAUUUGAUGCUAAUAGUGUCGGUGUAUUAUCGUUGCGUUUUUAAUAUAUAAUAAAUGUGAAUACAUUUAUUAAUUCGGAUUCCUAUAUUGUUUUGAAAACGGAAUUUUCGUAUUAUGGUUGACGUACGUCUCCUUUAUGAAAACGUCUUGAAAAUACGAUAUUCUGAUGUAACGUACGAGAAAACGCGACGAGACGUCAGACAAUGAAAAAAAAAAACCAAUGCCGUGUACUUUCGUGCAGCAGUACAAUAAUUGCAACCACAAUAAUCAUUAUUUUGUUCAGGUGUCUGUCAAUCCCGAGUACAAAAUCCCGGAAAAAACGUACGCCAACAACGCCGCCGUGUGCUCCAUGUUUUAUUCGGAAACUUUCGUGAAAAUUCACGACUGCAUCGUUCGAAAUCCGAUCCGAAGCCCCCGGACGUAAUACGACCGUCGUCAUUGCAGACUACGGUGUACGCGUCGCAUUAUUAUUAUUACUGUAUUACUAUUAUUACCAUUAUUAUUGUGAAUAUUUUCAUUAUUAUUAUUUACCUUUUCGAAAUGAACCAUCGUUUGCCGUGUGCAUUUUAAUAGUUUUUUUUUUCUCACCGCUACGCGACGAUUUCACUUUGUACGUACAAUCGUUGGCCCGGUUUAUACUUACGGUUUAUCGUAUUAAUAUCAAUCGAUCAAUUGUAAUAUUAAUCGGCGCGUAAAAAUUACGAAAAAAAUUUCAAGCAAAAAAACACGCCCGUCGCCAGUAUCGGUAGCACCAUUUUUUUAUACGUUGAAACUAUAUUUUUUUCAGCGACUCUUUUUUAAUGUUCUCCAGAACAAAAACAGAGUUAUUCGCGGGAAUCAUUAUGUAUUUAAACUACCAAAUAUUUUUUCUGGUUUAUAAUUAAGAUAGAUUACAAUUCUUUUUUUCGGUGGCAUUUCGAUUUCUAAACUAAAUUAUUGCUCCUUUUAAUAAUACGCCACUAGUAUACGUCAUACAUUUCCACCUAUAUACUCACUUACGACAGCGUCAUUUAUAGAUAUUUGCUUUUGUCGUUUUCACGCCUCUUCUCGACAGCACUUUUGCGGCACUACACCUCAAUAACUACAACGACAUUUACCUACGAGUACAUAUGUAGGAAGUACGAAUAAUUCCGUCGCAGAUGGCGCAUGUCAGUUUUUAGUGAAUAUUCACUGCAUGUCCCCUCCCCUUCAAACAAUUUUCACGAUUAUAUAGACCGAACCUUUCCUUAGAUUUUUGUCGGUUAAUCCCGCCAGUGUCUUCCGCAUAAAAAUAUAAUAUAACGUAUACUGUGUCGUUAAAAAAUCCACUGAUUCGAUUGUUUUACCCAUCUACACCGGGUGUCCGACAAGCUCAGAUCGAAACUGUGUCCGAUACGGACACAGAAAAUUACCUUGAGAAAAAAAAAAAUGCCCCGAUGGUGUCAUUAAACAAAUCCCACGAGAACUAUGUACAGGUAUACAGGAACGGAGCGGGGGAAAAAUACAAAAUACAAGUUUUUUUGUUUUUUUUUUUCGAACAAUCGUAUUUUUUACUGGUUCACAUCCAUUGGAGUUCUAAAAAAUAAACAACAAACAAAUAAACCGCUAACUACGAAUUCGAAUACAAUUUAGUAGAUAUAUAUAUGUAUAUACGCAUAUAUAAUUAUAAUAAUAUAAUGUAUAAUUAAUUAACACAGAUCGGAUAUCGUCGAUUCGCACGCAUAUAAUACUAUAACAUUAAUACAUAAUACGAUAUAAACACGAAUAUAAUAAUAUUAUUAUAAUAUAUAUAAUAUAUAUAUAUAUAUAUAUUUAUUUACUAAACAUCUACACGCGCGUAUGCGUAGAAUAUAUUAUUAUUUUAUUAGUAUAAUAUAGUUUGCGUAGAACUUAUUUGGUAAAUAUUUUGUAAUCGGUUUUUUUUCCAUUCAAAACCGUCUAAGGUUUGUUACAUUUUUUUUUUUUUUUUUUUUUUUUUUGCUAUUCCAUUACCUUUUGAAACAUCAAUGUUUAAUAAUUAUAUAUUUCGCUUUUGGCAUUGAACAACAUGUCUAUAUUAAAUAUAUACAUAUAUAUAUAUAUAUAUAUAUAUGUGUGUGUGUUUUUAUGUGUAUACAAAAUUCCAGUAAAUAUUUAAAAUUAUAUUAAUAAUAUUAUUACGUUCCGUGUUUUACGACAAUUUUUAAUAUUAUAACGAUAACAAACUAAGGAGAUAAAAAAAAAAAAAAAAAUAUCACAAAAAUACACUAUUUCCACGUAUCAGUGGCGUGCGCAGGGGGUUAAGGGCACAAUCGCCCGCGCCGUAUCGGCACGAGAAUACAACGGCUACAACGCGUACGAGCAUUCGGUAACUGUUAAUCUCCUCGAUUUCGAAAUUCGAUCCGUACUGUCGACUAGAUACGAGAUAAUAAGAAGGCAGGAUAAGAGAUAAGAAUUAAAAGAGAUUCUAACGGUUUGUAUAUUAUUAUGGUUAUUAUUAUUAGUUACAUAUAUUCCCGAGCACGCCACUGUUGUUAUCCGUCCUAUUAUUGUACGACAACGACCUAAUCGAUUAUUAUCUAGACGGGUUAAACUAAACUAUAAACAAAAAAAAAAUAAAAAAAAAAAAUACAAAUAUUAUAUACAUAAUUUCGCAUGUUUGUUAUUUAAUAUUAUUGUGGAUCGUGUGCAGAUCGGAUGAUGGCAGUCGUUCGACCGGUAUACGGACGAAACGAUUCGCAUUAUGUCGUGAUAUUGUGUUAAAAAAAAAAAAAAAAAUUGAAAUUGUUUUAUAACCUUUUUUUUCAUUGUUAUCGGUAUUAUUAAUACACCUAUAUAAUUCAAUAAUAUACAAUCAGUACAAAUUAAUUAUUAUAAUUAUUAAUCAAAUAUUUUUCUCUCUCUUUCUCUUUCUCUCUCUCCCACUCUUUCUAAUUAAUAAUUUAGAUAAUUUUGAGCAGUCUAUGGAAUUACUUUUUAAACAUUCGCCACGCGGUAUUUUUUUUUUUUUAUAAGAUACGAAUGUUACGAAACAAUAAAAACAAAGUAUAUUAUUAUUAUUUUAUUCGAUGGCAAAUAUUUUUAGCUUAUUCGUUCGAGAAUAUUCACAGCCAGUUGUUUUUUUUUUAAAUUUUUAAAUUUUUUAAACAAAUAUAUAAUAAUAUUUUUGUGUAUACCAUAGUCAUAUUAUAAUAAUUUUACAAUUUUGUAGAUUUUUCAAAAAAAAAAAAUUUAAAAAAUGUUAAUCGAUUGCAAGAGAGACAGUAUAAGUAUAGUAUUAAAGACAAUAUAUUAUGUAUAUAUUUGUUUUAUGAAGUAUUAUUCGAGACGGCGAUGAGUGUUGUUUUUUUUUUUUUUUUUUUUUUUUUGGUUAUUCUUCUCAUAUCUUUAAAAACGUCCACAAUAAAAAAAAUGAACCCGUAGAACAAGCGAAACGUAUAUAACGGUAGAGGCGGGGAAAAGGGAAGUUAUGUAGUUUAUGAUGACAACUAAAAGACUAAAAGACACUAAUUACUAAAAAUAUAAAGAAUCGAAACGAAAUAUCUAUAAUAAACGAUAUAUCUAUAAAGUGAGAAUAAAGUAUAUAUAGAAAGUACAGGGUGGUACAUAAGUAAACUGCGUAAAUUAUGACAUGCGUAUUAGGUUAGGUAUACGAUAAUAUUACUAUUGCGAUGUGGUGAAACGUGUGUGAAGCCGAACGGCGAAACGACGAAAUGAAAUAUCGAACGUGUAAUCGACAAAAAAAUAAAAAAUAAAUGCUGGUUUUUUAGACCGAAUCAAACGCCGAAAAUUGUUGAUCGCUUACCAAAGGUAAAAUCGAACGGAACAGCGACGGUGGCGACGAUGACAACGACGGGUACCGUGUUAUCCGUGUAUUUUAUUUUUUAGAUAAUAACGACCGCUAGACGGAAUUUUUAAGAGGUUUUUCCAUUAAAUUCUUUUUAUCAUUACUAUUGUCGUUAUUUGUGAAAAACGUAAACAGAAAAAAAAAAAACGUUAAAAACCUUUGAUCCCCGAUGUAUAUAUUAUAAAAGAACCGUAUUGAUAAUAAUAUUGCCCUACCGACUGUUGGCGGACCGCGCCUUCUAUAACACUACAAGUACACCCUUUGCCCGACGAAAAAGUCAGUCGGCGAGAUCCGUGAUAAGCGAAACCGGGGGAUUGGUUUCCGGGACAGAGAAAAAAACAAUAUUACGUUUUUUACGUUUCUUCGGCUUUCGUUCGAUACGCUUUAAUCUACCUGUAACACGACCCAUGUCUGUAACUACAGAUUCGUAUACUCCCUAUGUGAAAUAUCCGCGAACAAGAUCCUCGAGUAGUCGAAUAUUGAUGAAGGCGAAAUUACUGGCGUUCAACGUUUAAAACAAUAAUCGAAAUUAUAGAACCCGAGUAUUGCAGGGGCCGUGUGGGUUUUCGCACUUGACUGGAGACGUACCGGACAACGUAAUUUAUUGUUUUCAAUCUUCUGUUUAUGUAAAAACGAAAGUGUGCGUGUUUGUCUUUUAUGCAUUACCACACCAUUCUUCUGAACGCCAUAAAACUUUGGGGAGUCGUUGAGUACACUCCUGUGAAGGGAAAUCCGCCUAUUGAAACCCACUUUCUGUUAAAAUACCAUUCCCUGAAAUACGAUUUUUAGGUUUUUUUAGUUCACAAACGAAUUAUUUUUGUUGAUUUAUGGGUUACCUUGGUAACAUGGAUGAAAAAAAAUAAAAAUAUUAUUACUAAUUUUUGUAAUGCAGUUCCCGUGCUGAUGUGAUCUGAAAUGAUGCCCCCGAAUCAAGUAGUACUAUGGACUUUAACAUCUAGUGUAAAUCGAUAUUAGUAGAUAGCGUUAUUGAACCGCAGCCGUUUUUAUUUUCUUGCGUAAAGCAUCGAACGUCAAUGCAUGACAAAUUGAAGCUUUUCAUCGCGGAAAACACGAGAAAAUACAUAUUAUUGUGUCGUAUCUUUAUUUUUCCUCCUCGCACGAGAAUACCGUGUUUGUUAUUUUUUUUAUCGUGGUUGACAUAAGGUUUUGUGAAAAUCCGGGCGAAAAUCAUUUUUAAAGACGUGGCAAACGUACAACGACUAUAUUCCGAGAACUUGUACUACGAACACUAUAAACUUUGACUUUCGGCCACACGCCAGACGGAGAAAUACGAUAAACUACGGAGAACGCACUAUCACGGAAUACGGCUACAAUAUUAAUAUCGCAUUAAUACACUGUCGGCGUAUAAGCACCGUACGUUAUAAAAUCAAUGACAUUACGAACGCGGCGCGGAAUACAAAUGCCCUGACGGUUUUCACGAAAACGUGUGUGAAGGCUCUGCCGGCCGGCCCCGUAAACCCUGCGCCGCGGCGUUUGCUCAUCGCGUCAAGAUGUCGUCUGACUAAUUGUGUUCGGGUCGGGGCGCGGUCCAAAUAAUUAUAAUUACGGUCGGUCCGGCAUUAUAGAAAACGAUUCUAGAAUGUUAUAAAAUAUUCAACGUCGAAGCGUGUUCGUUCGAUAUUUCCAAUACUGGCAUAAUAAUGUUAUCGGGCGAAACGACGAGAAACACGGUACAGCGUACAACAUUUAAACGUUAAUAACAUCGAAAAACCACUACUAACACGUCGUAAUUAAAUAUCGUUAUUUAAAUGUAUAAUAUUUAUAAAUAUAUAUAUAUAUAUAUAUUUAGUUUUUAUUUUUUUCGUAAUAAUAUAAUAAUAUAAGCUACGUAUAUUGAACUCGGAAUGAAAUAUUACUUAUAUUUUUUAUUUAUGGUAUAGAGUAUAUUAUUAUUAUAAAGAUUCAAAAGACGUACGACACGCUAUACUAGAAAUUAAAAAGUUAAGUAAAAAUAAUAAAUACUCGUUGCUCCACUCGGCCCUAAAAUAUAAAUUCAAAUUUCACAAUAAUUAACAAUAUAAUAAUAUAAUAUAAUAAUAAUAAUAAUAAUAAUAAUAUUUUUAUCUCCGAAUAUCAUUUUUUUUUUUUUUUUUUUUUGUUUUUUUGUUUUUGUUUAAACUGCUUGAAAAUCUAACUCGACAUUUAUAAUAAUAAUGUUAUACAAUAACAACAACAACAAUAAUAAUAAUAUUUUUUUAAAAUAUUCUAAAUACUUAUUUAUAAUGUUUUUAAAUAUAUAAAUAAUAUAAGUAAUUGCGUAUACGUGUCGCCACGUAAACGUAAUUACUUUUUUUUUUUUUUACUAUUUAAUCAUAAUAUUAUAACGGGUAUUUUUGAAUCACAAUAAUCUUUUUUUUUGGUUUUUUGUUUUUUUGUUUUUUUUUUUUUAUUAUUACGCUGUUUUUAGUUUCUCAGAGGUUAUUAUAUUUUUUUUUUUUUUUUUUUUUUUUU